CUCCUUCCCCUCCCACAGGCUGAGAGCUCCUUCAGAGAGAUGUGGUAACAUCUUUUCUGGGAAUCAACUUUAGAAGGACACCGGUCCCCUCUGUGCAAAGGUAAAUAGUCCCACCUGUCCUUACCUUCCCUUCACACCGGGAGAAACUAAAGUAACUUGCAGGGGGUGGGGCAGGCUGCUGCAGGGGCAUCUUUCUCUGUGCCUUCUGUGAAGCCCACAGGACUGCCAGUAGUAUCUGUUGGCUGAUAUAAAAUGGAGCUGGCUAUAAAGUAUCCAGGCUCUGGGGAUAUGGCUAUAAAGUAUCCAGGCUCUGGGGAUAUGGCUAUAAAGUAUCCAGGAUCUGGGGACAUGGAUAUAAAGUAUCCAGGCUCUGGGGAUAUGGCUAUAAAGUAUCCAGGAUCUGGGGAUAUGGCUAUAAAGUAUCCAGGCUCUGGGGAUAUGGCUAUAAAGUAUCCAGGCUCUGGGGAUGUGGCUAUAAAGUAUCCAGGAUCUGGGGAUGUGGCUAUAAAGUAUCCAGGCUCUGGGGAUAUGGCUAUAAAGUAUCCAGGCUCUGGGGAUAUGGCUAUAAAGUAUCCAGGCUCUGGGGAUGUGGCUAUAAAGUAUCCAGGAUCUGGGGAUGUGGCUAUAAAGUAUCCAGGCUCUGGGGAUGUGGCUAUAAAGUAUCCAGGAUCUGGGGAUGUGGCUAUAAAGUAUCCAGGAUCUGGGGACAUGGCUAUAAAGUAUCCAGGAUCUGGGGACAUGGCUAUAAAGUAUCCAGGAUCAUGGCUAUAAAGUAUCCAGGAUCUGGGGAUAUGGCUAUAAAGUAUCCAGGAUCUGGGGAUAUGGCUAUAAAGUAUCCAGGAUCUGGGGAUAUGGCUAUAAAGUAUCCAGGAUCUGGGGAUAUGGCUAUAAAGUAUCCAGGCUCUGGGGAUAUGGCUAUAAAGUAUCCAGGCUCUGGGGAUAUGGCUAUAAAGUAUCCAGGCUCUGGGGAUAUGGCUAUAAAACAUCCAGGCUCUGGGGACAUGGCUAUAAAGUAUCCAGGAUCUGGGGAUAUGGCUAUAAAGUAUCCAGGAUCUGGGGAUAUGGCUAUAAAGUAUCCAGGAUCUGGGGAUAUGGCUAUAAAGUAUCCAGGAUCUGGGGAUAUGGCUAUAAAGUAUCCAGGAUCUGGGGAUAUGGCUAUAAAGUAUCCAGGAUCUGGGGAUAUGGCUAUAAAGUAUCCAGGAUCUGGGGAUAUGGCUAUAAAGUAUCCAGGCUCUGGGGAUAUGGCUAUAAAGUAUCCAGGAUCUGGGGAAAUUUCUAUAAAGUAAAUGGGCUCUGGGGAUAUGGCUACCUGCUGGCUCUGAGACUUGUUACCAGCUGUUUGUAGUCAGAUGAGUGAGACUUGCUAACUGUCCUGUAAGUGUAAAGUUGCCAUAAAGUAACACAUUUCUAGGCUCAUCUGCCCCAAUGAGGGAGUCCUAGUAAAUGUAUUAAUCGUAUUGCAGCUUGGCUGGCUGCCUGUGAGUGGAGGAAACUCUGUUGCCCCGGGUUCUGUGGGUGACGCUUUAUCACCCCGGGUUCGGGGGAGGGCACUCUGUUCCCCCGGGUUCUAAGAAUACUUUGUUGCCCGGGUUCUGAGGGGAGGGCCCUCUGUGCCCCGGGUUCUGGGGGACACAUGUUGUUGCCCGCAGGAGGAGGGGGGUGGGACGCUGUUGCCCCGCGUUCUGAGGGGAGGGCCCUCUGUGCCCCGGGUUCUGGGGGGGACACGUUGUUGCCCGGAGGAGGGGGGAGGGAUCGCACUCUGUUGCCCUGGGUAUGGGUCUUGGCACAGCUCAAUUGAAACCGGCUUGCAAGACAAGCCCCAGCCUGUACCUGUUGCUGCUGCCGCCCUGCAUCCCAGUGACAGGCAGGUCAUUCGGGUAAUUCCCUCUUCUAUAAAAAUAAUUGUACUAAACUGGAAACCUAAGUGCAUAGCCAAGCCGUGUCUACAACUAAGCUGGAUACUUUCUCCCAGUAUUGUUCCAUAAAUUCUGCAAUCCGCAUUCCAGCUCAUUACAAUCUGUUUUUGUUUGUUUCAUUCUGGAUAGAAUUUAGAACCGUGGGUGCAAACUGCCAUAUACUCUGAGAUCGACAGAGUACAGACAGGAAGGACAAUUUGGUUUCUAUUUAUAAAGUUAGCUGGAAAUCAGAGAUGGCCUGCAGGUAGAUAGAUCCCCAGGGUAGUUCUGCAACACCCACGAUGGCGCUGCUUGCAAAGCAUCAUGGAAGUUGUAGUCCUGCUACACCUGGCCACUCUAACUCUAUUAUUAUUAUUAUUAUUAUUAUUAUUAUUAUUGCCAUUUAUAUAGCGCCAACAGAUUCCGUAGCACUUUACAAUAUUAUGAAAGGGGAUUUAACGAUAAAUGGGAAUGUUUGCUAGUUAAGUGUACAUAACUUUAGAAUGGUCCUAGGGAGCCUGAUUUCAUUAUAUUUAUAUCUGACAUGAUAGAAUACAAGGAAUGGAUCUCACUGGCUGUCAUGUAUAGAAUACUAUACAUUGUAUCUGGUAUUUGGAACAAACCUCCAGCACAGAGCUUGACUGCUACAAUACCUGUUUCACAGCCAUUUGGUACCUUGUGAGUCUGGGGAAGUUAAGACACCAGGCAAACUAUUUUACUUUCUCCUUUUAUUUUUUUAGCAAGUAACUUGACUGUACACUUGUCAUAUUUGACUAUACUUUAUGUAUUAAAUAAUUUUAACUUGGCAUGCUAUGCCUUUUAUCUGAUUGGAUUUAAGCAAAGAUCUGUGUUUUCUGUCUUAUGUAAAGUCUCAUGCUUGUUACUUUGCUUGAAUUGCCAUCAGCUACAGGCUGCUCUCCCCCACUCUGUCUGGGAUGGUUUUAAUUUGGCUGUGUCUUCUAUGUAGUUUAUUUUAUUAUAAUUUUUUUUUCUUUCUCAUCACUGUUGGCUAGAGCUACAUGUGCCUCAUUAAAUGGCAGACAUUUAGGUCUGAGCCAAACUCUGUGUGUUCUGUGUCUUGAGUAUUUAGUGAUUUGAAGUGUUAUGUCUGUAGUGAACCUGAGAGCUUUCGCUUCUGCAGGAAAUGCUACGAGAAGCGAACGUCCCCUCAGACUCCCUGGCACCAAUCUGCAGAGUGUGUUUCUAAAUAUGCAGUUUACAGAUACCGAGUAAAUGGUGAUUCAGAAUGUUACAUUGGGUGCUACUAUACAACAACAGAGGUGGCCAGAAGGUAAUGGGAGUUGCAGCUCUAAGACUGCCGGGAAGAUACUUUCUGGCCAUCCCUGAUAUGACAAUAGCUCAUUUUUAACCUUUUUGUCAUUCUCCUGUAAAUGGUGUGAUAUUUAUACAAAUGUAUUUCUGCCUCUGAGUGUUUGCUAAACAUUCUUUUUAUAUAUAUUUUUUUUAAUUUUUCUUUUCAGAUUAAAGUUUGACUGGUGUAUGACCUUUCUCAUGUGCAGAAAAGAUCAAUAAGACGUUAAAACAAAAAACCUGUAAAAAGAUGGCAAGUGGUGGCUUUAGGUCCCACACUCCAUCUACCUCUAACACCACUGACUUUUUGGAGGAAUGGAAAGCAAAGAGGGAGAAGAUGAGGGCCAAGAUGUAUGCAGCAGAAGUAGCUGCAGCAGCAGCAGGAGGUGGCGAGAUUGUGAAUAAGCCUAGCCUUGAGCUCAACAACAACACCAGCACUACAACAGCUAGCAGCAUUCAAGCAUCCAAUUCCACGUCUGUGUUUAAAGCCCCGCCAAACAGGAGAGCGGAGGAAGAACCAGCCACUGCUACUUUGGUGGUACAGCAAAGGAAAGCACCUGUUCCAGAUGGUAUACCAGCAAGUGCCCCACAAGAUGAACCCCCACCGCCGUCUUCUCAGGAGACUCCAACAAAGGUUAAAGACAAGGCAAAAACAAGUGGUCCAAGUGCCAGGAAGGGUAAAGGGCAGAUUGAGAAAAGAAAGCUACGGGAAAAAAGAAGAUCCACAGGAGUGGUCAAUAUCCCUUCUCAAGAAGUAAGUACUGGAAGAAAUUUAGUCUACAUUUUCUGGGGGGAGGCUAAGACAAAUCUCGCCAACAGAAAAAAAAAGUGUAAAAACUAAAAGUCAAAGAGUUACUCCAACCACCAUGACCACUUCAGUGAUUUGAAGUGGUCAUGAUGCCUGGAGUCUGUAUGUCCAGUGUUUCACUGUAAAACAUUCCACAUGCAGUGUGUAACUCCACCUCUCUCUGUAUCAUUGCACAGAAUGUCAGCUAUUGGCUGAGAGCGGUCAGGUGAUGCUCCCAGCCAACACAUGACGAUGCUUAUGGCUUCUUCGGGGCCACUGCCAUGUCCCUGGACCAUCAGUGGACACAUAGCAAAAUGGCAGGGACCUUGGUAUAGGGACAUACAAUUGCUAAUCGGUUUUCUCCAAUUACCGAGGAAUUGUACCAUGGUACUCCGGGCAUUAUAACCACUACAAUGGGCUGUGGUGGUUGUUAUAAAUGGAGUAAACAUUUUAAGUGGAUGGCUUGAAUGCCAGUGAAACAAGCAAGAAGAUUCCAUUUGGUUACCAUGGUGAUUCCUGCACUUUUUGACCUAUGUGCCCUAGUUUUCCAAUAGGGCUAAUUUUAUGAAUCAGUUCAUUUGGUGUGGUUCUUAAUCCUAAACUUAAACUGUAACGUCUGAGCAAAGUCCUGCAGAAGGCAUCUCUCCUUUUGAAGCUAUAAUUGUUUUGAGAUGUUGCCAAAAAUAAUCUGGGUUUGUGCUUCCACAGUGACCUUUGUGUUUUUUUUUUUUCUUAACUUCUCUAUUAAAGCUCUCUUAAACUAUGUUGUUGUGUUUGCCUUAGGCAGGGCCGGCCUUAGGUGUUCAGGCGCCCUGUGCGAAACAAUCUUGUGGCGCCCCCCCCCCUCACCUGUCUCUGUUUGGACCCCUUCAAACUAUUUUAGGAGCAUUCACAAUCUGUUGCCUCCACCCCCUUCUACAAACCCACUGCACCUCUUAACCAAAAUCCCUGGCCAGAUCUUCACCAAGCCCCUGGCCACCACUUCAUCAAACUCCUGGCCACCCCUUCCCCUUCAUCAAUGCCCUGGCCAUCCCUUCGUCAAACUCCUAGCCACCCCUUACCCUUCAUCAAUCCCCUCCAACCCCUUUAUCAAUUCCUGCCACCCCUUCAUCAGUCCCCUGCCCCUCUCAUCAAUUCCCUCCCACCCUUUACUCAGCCCUCUGCCCCUAUUCAUCAGCCGCAUGACCCCCUAAUCAAUCCCCUCCCACCCCUUUAACAGCCCUCUGCCCCAUUCAUCAGUCCCCUGACCCCCUCACCAAUCCCCUCCCCCUUUUAUCAGCCCCCUGACCCCCUCAUCAGUACCCUCCCACCUCUAUCACCCACCUGCCCCCUUUAAUCAGUCCCAUGCCCCCCUUUUCAACCCCCUGCUCCCCUUCAUCAGCCCCCUUAAUACAUCCCAUGCCAAAUAAUCCAACCCCUGGCCACCCCUUCAUCAGUCCCCUGCCCCCUCAUCAAUUCCCUCCCACCUAUUUAUCAGCCAUCUGCCCCCAUUUCAUCAGCCCCCUGAUCUCCUCAUCAAUCCCCUCCCACUCCUUUAUCAACCACCUGCCCCCUUUAAUCAGCCCCAUGCCCCCCUUUUCAGUUUCCUGCCACCCUUUAUCAGCCCCCUUAAUAAAUCCCCUGCCAAUUAAUGCAAUCCAUGCCACCCCUUCAUCAACCCUUUGCACCCCUUAAUCAGACCCUGCCUCCCUUAAUCAAACCCCUGCCCCCCUUAAUCAUACCCUGUCAUCCAUGCCCAGUCCCCUGCCCCUCUUAAUUAGACCCAGUGUCACCCAUAGCCAGUCCCAGUCCCCUGCCCCCCUUAAUUAGACCCAGUGUCACCCAUAGCCAGUCCCAGACCCAGUGUCACCCAUAGCCAGUCCCAGUCCCCUGCCCCCCUUAAUUAGACCCAGUGUCACCCAUAGCCAGUCCCCUGCCCCCCUUAAUUAGACCCAUCUGUCCCUGCCCCAUAUCCAGUCCCAGUCCCCUGCCCCCCUUAAUUAGACCCAGUGUCACCCAUAGCCAGUCCCAGUCCCCUGCCCCCCUUAAUUAGACCCAGUGUCACCCAUAGCCAGUCCCAGUCCCCUGCCCCCCUUAAUUAGACCCAGUGUCACCCAUAGCCAGUCCCAGUCCCCUGCCCCCCUUAAUUAGACCCAGUGUCACCCAUAGCCAGUCCCCUGCCCCCCUUAAUUAGACCCAGUGUCACCCUUAUCUAGUCCCCUGCCCCCCUUAAUUAGACCCAGUGCCACCCUUAUCUAGACCCAGUGCCACCCUUAUCUAGUCCACUGCCCCCCUUAAUUAGACCCUGCCCCAUUUAAUGAAAGAUGUUUGGCUUAAAAAUAAAUAAGGUACUUACUUUGAAGGCUGCUGCUCCCUCCCUGUCUGCAGAGCACCGGCCGCCGCCCUCACACAUGGAGCGGAUCCCUCUGCGGCUCUCUGUGAAGGUGCAGCACUUGGACGUGCCUGCGCCCCAAGCUCCUCCUCCACGCUCCGGAAACUGACCGCGGCUCAGCUCUCACACAAUCUCGGGCCGGCCAGUGACAGAGCGACUGCGAGCUGUGUCGGCCGCCCGGCGCCCCUGUUGCCAUGGCGCCCUGUGCGGCCGCACAGCUCGCACACCCCAAAGGCCGGCCCUGGCCUUAGGGCACUGACAAGUCGGGAUGCCUGAGCUAAAGAAUUUGUGGUUCAGUCUGUGUAUAUAGCUUACAGCAGUUUUAUAUUUUAUAAGAUUAAAAAAAUAAUAAUUUCUGCAGGUAAUAAAACAUUUAUUUGAUAUUAUUUUAAGCACCAUAUUCACUUCACUGAUUUAAAGUAGUCAUGGUGCUUGGAGUAUGUAUAUGCAGCGUUUCGCUAUGAAAAGCAGCACAAGCAGAGUUUAUCCCCUUUGCUGUCAAAGGUGUAACUCCACUUCUGGCAGCUUCACUAGGCGUCAUUAGCCCAGUUCCACCCUUGUUCUGGUCUGGCUAAUGAUACCCAAUAAUGUAGCUAAUGUUAAUUCUGACUGUAUUUGGCAUCUGUUGUCAGUAGGCACGGCAUGCUGGAGCCAGAUGACCAAUAGAGCACGUGCACCUUUGGAUAUGUCCUGCAUGUGAUGCAUGCAGGAUUGUGCCUGGCCUACAAAGAACUUCCAUUUGUCUUCUGAUAUAUUCAGAUCGGGCACUGGCAGGGGUAUGUAACCAUGCAUUUCUAAAUAACAUCUUUUUAUACAGAUGCUAAUUGUGUAGUUUGCACUGUGUGUGUGUAGAUGAGGCGGGGGGAGGGGGAAUUAGGAGAAUUUCAACAGAGAGCUUUGUCAUAUUCUUCUCCGCUUCUUAUAUUUUUACAUAAAUCUAUUGUAUCUAAUCUUUAUCUACAGUGCAUUUGUCUUUAUUUAGCAUUUGUGUAGCCUGUGACCUAUAACCCACGUGGUGUAAUUGAACUAUAAUGUUUAGAGACUCUCUGCAACAAUGAAUCCAAGUUACUACUUGUAUCUCACAAUAUAGAUUGUUAUUCUUAACAACACUUUUUUUUUUUUUUUUAAUUUCUUAAUCGAAAUGGAUACAAUAUUGAUAUUUAAAGUAAAACUAUAGUAUUGGGAAUACAAAGCUGUAUUCCCUUCCUCGAUCCCCUCCCCACCCAUUGGCAAAUAAAGGGUAGAAACCCCCUUUUUACACUUACGUGAUUCCAUCGCUAAUAUCCCUCUGCACUGGGUCGCACUCCGCCGACGUCAGCCGAUGAGGGGACCUAACGCGUGUGCGGUGAGUGCCGUUAGCACCUUAAGCCUUCCCUAUAGGAAAGCAUUGCCUCAAUCUCCUAUGGGGAUAAGAUAAUUGACGACCUCAUGCAAAGCGUCAGGAUGUCUGUCGUUUCACAUUGUCGUUUCAAACUCCAGGAAGCCCCUCUAAUGGCUGUCUGGUAGAGAGCUACUAGAGGCAGUCUUAACCCUGUAAUAUAAACACUGCAGUUUCUCUAAAACUGCGAUAUUUUACAUUGCAGGGUUAAGGGAACAGGGACAAUGAGAUGAAGUGUCCUGGGUGCCUAGGGUUACUUUAAAUGAAUGUAAUGUGUAUUUUUCAUAAUAUGCUGUUCAUUGGCUGCCAACUAUAAUGUCCUUUCCUUUUCUAUCCUUGUUCAUAAGACUUCAGCUGCUUGAACAUGGUAUUAAAUAUAUUACCCAGCUAUAUACAACCCUUGCUGAAAGGCAUAAGCUGUAUCUACACCUCCUCUUCAAAUUCAUCUUUCCAAAUACAUUUCUUAAAUAUUCUGCUGGAUCUAUCUCCUCCUUUAUCACUUUGUUUAUUUACUUAAGUUAUCUGAUAUAGUAGCCCCAAGGUUUCAUUUAUUUUCUCUUGGUAUCCGUAAUGUUCAAUUUGAAAGAUUUUCUGUCUUUGGGUUUUGUAAGCCAAAGAAUUUAUUUAUUUAUUUAUUUAUUUAUUUUGGUAUAUUGUAAUAUUUGUUUUGUGCCACGUGGUUUAAACAGGAUGCCAGUAUACAGAUUUGCAUCAUUUUGUCCGUUUACUUAAACAUAUAUUCCAGCGGUACUUUUCUGCCUUUUUGAAAAGCAGAGAUUUCAAAUAAAGGAGUUACUGCUGAUAUGUGACCCCAAUUUUAAGUGCAAGACACAUUUGAUUACAUGAUGUAACGGUUAUAGUUCACUAUGACUUAUUGCACACAACUAAUAAUAAGAAUUUUAAAACAAACUCAAAGGAGAUGCUGCAGUGGGAGAUACAGAUCUAAAUAUUUAAUAAACUUAGGGCUUAAUCUAACUGAAGUUACAAAUGCCAACUAAUGUUUCAUCCAGUACUUAAAAAAACAAAAAAAAAAUCCACACACAAACAAAAGCAGGGAAGUUAAUGUUUAUUCUCUAAAGAAUGUGAUGACUGGAUAUAUUCAUUUUAAAAUAGACAAAAUAUUCAGCCUUUUGAUUUUCGCCUAACUUUUGCAUGUUUGGUUAUCUACCUACCAUGAGUGGGGAAAAAAUAAAUAAAAUCCAUUGAAUUCGUAAAUUAAAACUCAAAGGAUGUAUAGAUCUGAUGUGUUCUUAAAGAACUAAUGUUACCUUGUUAAAGCGGAUCUGUCACUUUUGGGGGCCCUAGCAUAUUUUGCAAAGACAUCCAAAACUGUCAGAUCCGAUGUGGGUCCGGUGACCACGGUGCACAGGGUAGGAUAGGAAAGCAGGGGGGGGAACAGAAAUAUGCUAACUAGGCCUUUUUAAGUGUGUUGUUAUACUAUGAACUCUUUAGCUUUGCUGCUCUCCAGUGUGGUAUUGCAUUUAAUAAGUGGAAAUGAAAUGAAAAUAUCUUCUGGCUCUGUAUAGUUUGGUGCUUCAAGGCAAAUCACAGUAAAGCCUGGUCUUGCCUUGGAAAGGGGGAUGAAAUUUAAUCUUAUAUGAUAUUUGAAGAUUACUCUACUCUAAAUGUGAUUUUAUUUUAUUUGUGAGUGCAGUCAAAAUAAGGCUGGAUUCAAUGGAAUACUGACCGUGUAAAAUUUAAAGGAACACUGACCACUAGGAGUGUCCAAUGCUGUCUUAUCAUUCAUGGUUAAACAAUUUUUCAAUGGUUGAAGUUGGUCCCGUGGCCUCCUACUCCUGUGAUUCCUCACUUCCUUCUUCUUGGCCACACACCAUUGGGAAGAUAUGCUGAAAGCAUCAGCUGAUACUGUAAGCCUAUCAUUGGCUGACAUUACACAUACUCUAACUAUAGCCUGGUUGCCCUCUUGUCCCCAUCUACUUAAUUGCCCCAAUGGGUCAGUCCAGGCCUAAAGCACAAUACCACACAGUGCUGGGAUGGCAAAGGCCCUAUACAAUUCCUGCCUAUUGUAUUAAUCGUACUGUACUCUGUCAACAUUCAAACACAAUUCCAAUCACUUUUCAUCAGCAGGUGAAGGUAAUGUGAGGCUGUAGAAUGCAACCAGUGUAUGCAAGAGGCUUGGGGGAGCAAUGGCCCCACUGCACCCCAUGCUAGCCCUCCUAUAGAUCAGCUAGGUAAAAAUGAAGUUUUAACACAUAUAUUCUCCCCUGAGCGCUCUCUGCCCAGCUCCCUCGCGCGCACUGCAGUGAUGCCGGAGCCGGAAUAUGACAUCACUCCAGGAUCAGUAAGCGGCACGCGAGGGAGCUGAACCUCUUCUCCAUAUUAUGAAACCUUGCUUCUCCUCGAUAAAACAUCUCAUUAAAGGGACACUCCAAUGUUCAAAUAUAAAAACAUGCAUACAUUUAAUUAUACACUUUUUUCAUAAAAAAAAAAAAAAAAGCUUGUAAAAGCUGCAGGUCUCUUUUCUGAAGCCUUUGCAAGCCCUCCCCUACUAACCCCACUCAGACUUUUUAAUCAGACAUCCCAAUGCAGCUCAAUGAGAAGUCUUGCCUGACUCUUGUGUUGAGCUCCACUGAGGUAAGCAUCCAGGAAUUUAAAAGGACUGGCUGUCUUAGUGACAGCCAGGGGUGUUAUCAGGUUAAUCUGUAAGCAAUAAUUUCUAUUAAAAUGUGCACUUUUAGUAAAAUCUUCACAAAAAGCAUUUCAGCAAACUAGAGUGCCCCCUUAAGGGCCCAUGACUGACAAUCCAGUUAUCUAGUGCACUUUUUUUUUUUUUUUUUUGCAAGACAAGUGGACAAGGUUAAAUAGAAUCUCUGGCCAUGUGUAUGACCCAUCUUUUUAAAUUUUUUUUUUUUUUUUUUAUCUCUAGCUAUCCGGCAGAUUAGAUUCCAGCACAUACUAAUGCAAAACAACAAAAACGUGUCAAGGAGCGUGUUUUAAUUUUUGUUCCAAGAAUAUAAUGGUUAAAUUAUAACUGCAGUGUUCCAUUUAAAGUAGAAUGUUGCACUAACUUACGUAAUUAUGGUUCUAUCCUUAAUGAUAUUGUGCAGUGAGGCUAUCCUCUGGACAGACCUAAUAAACAGUGUGACCUUUGUGUCUUGCCUACAUCAUAGUUUAACAAAUGUUUGUAGACUUUAGACACUUUUUUUUUUUUUUUGAGCCAGUAAAGAGUCAUAUAUUUUAAGUUUUAUAAAUAGUACUUGUGCUUCAAGGUAUUUCUGUACAUAGGCCUGGCCAUGUAUGUCAUAUAAAUUAUGUUUGAAAGAAGAAAAAAAAAGAAAAUGUUACCUUACUACCUGGAACCUAGAAGUACUGGUAUUCUAGGCUUCCCUUAGGUGGGAACAAUGGGCAGCUACAUUGUUCAUUCUUUACAAUGUGCCUUGCUGUUAUUGGAAUACUUAUGCAAUAUAAUGGAAUGUGUGGGGUUUUUUUUUCCCCCCAACUUCUUAUUUUUGUUUCUCUAACACUUUUACAUUUUGAAAAGUUGCCAUCAUAUCCUGGGGACCACAGAUAAUCGCUGUUCUACCCAAAUUGUAGAGGAAAGUCUCUCCAUUCAGUGAUGAAUGAGAAGUGUCUUUGUUUUAGCUCAGUUUAAAAUAUAUUAAAAGUAAAUGAGAAAAUACAUUUAGGCAAUUUUCAACAAAGUGCAACUAGAGUCGACGAACGGCUAAAAUUACUUGGUAUUGCUUGACUAAAAGCGGCUGCUUUUUCUGUCUUGAUAUUUAUUUAUUUUUUUGUUCAUUCUUUUUCUUCCCAAAUUAGCUUCACUUUGCCCUUUUCCCCAUGAUCAGAUGCUUUAUUGUGCAAUCCUCUUAUAAUGAAGGACAGUCUGUGGCAGGCAAAGGAAUGCCGUCUAAUUGCUGCAUCUGAGUGGCUAAGGCUGAAUUCGUUCAGCUGGGGCUCUUUUUUUUUUUUUUUUUUUCUCCUCCUGCCUCAAUGCUUACUGGAGCAUCUGACAAGGCAUGUAUCUCUAGCAAAACAAGUAAUUGUUCAUCCAGAUGAAACUGCCAACCUUAAUCUUUCUGUGGGGGGAAAGUUUGAAGGAGGGGAAGCAUCAGAGGCUUAUGACUGAGUCAUGCAGGCAAUCAAGCAUUACUUUAUCCCCCACCUAACAGUUGGGCAGACAUUGCAGUGUCAUGUGAACUCUCCAUUUGUUGAAACAGACAAAAAGGAUAUCUCUCGCUCGCGCUCUCUCUCACACUAAAACAAAUUAAAAUAUAUAUCUACUGACUGCAUUUUAAAAUAGCAAUAUCAAUUUUUCCUUCUUUAAAAGAGAUAUAUAUAUAUAUUUAUUUUUAUUUAAUUUUUUUUAUAAAGCAAUCUUUGCUGAACUUUCCAUAGAAUAUCUUCAUUGGCCUAUAUUGUCAUCACUGAGUAUCUCAAGCAACGUGUUUUUUUGCUUUCUUGUCAGUCCUAUAUACUCUCAUUAGGCUUGUACUGCUGGUACUGAUCCAACAGUUGAGUCCUGUGACCAUUCCUAUUAUACGUGCAACACAAUUGUCUAAGCACGUUGGGCCGUUCUUUCCCUCAGGCAGUCCUGUGUAGAUUAAACAUUUUUGUCACGCUUGGACACCAAGCAAAGUGAAAGUUACAACGAUCUUUGUUAAUGUGAAUGCUGAAGGUUUUCCUCAUAUGCUGUAAUGUAACAAUCCUGAGUUUUUUAAAUACCACUUCUGUAAUAUGUGUAAAAAUUUUUUUAAUUUUUUUUAUCUGUAUGCAAACUUAACUUUAUGUUUAAGGAUUGGCGUUGGUGUUUGGGUGAGAAAUAGUGUUAAAAGGAAGAAAUAUAAACUUUUUGUAGCCAAUUCAUGUUUAUGAUCCUUAAAUUAAUAAAAGGUUUUUCUAUCCAUGGCCUUUAAGGGCUAAGAACUGAAUGUAAAGGGUAGUUUAUUUCUACGCUAUAGACUGUAAGCUCGUUUGAGCACAUUUUUGUAAUUGUCUCAUUUAUUGUUAAAUCUCCCCCUUUGAUAAUAUUGUAAAGCGGUACAGAAUAUGCUGGUGCUAUAUAAAUACCAGUAAUAAUAAUUAUCUGGCACGGGGACGAGGCCACAGUGGAUGAUUUUGUUUGUCAAUAACAUAUGAGGACUGAGGAGUAGAUAUCUCUAGCCAUUGGCAAGUAACAAUUUGGUGAAUGUACCAUGGACCCUCCAGGCUUGCAGUGGUGAGUAACAGUUAAAGGACCACUAUAGUGCCAGGAAAACAUACUCGUUUUCCUGGCACUAUAGUGCCCUGAGGGUGCCCCCACCCUCAGGGACCCCCUCCCGCCCGGCUCUGGAAAGGGGAAAGGGUUAAAAACUUACCUUUUUCCAGCGCUGGGCAGGGAGCUCUCUCCUCCUCCCUCCUCCUCCUGGGCUGAAUGCGCACGCGCGGCAAGAGCUGCGCGCGCAUUCAGCCCGUCGCAUAGGAAAGCAUUUACAAUGCUUUCCUAUGGACGCUUGCGUGCUCUCACUGUGAAAAUCACAGUGAGAAGCACGCAAGCGCCUCUAGUGGCUGUCAAUGAGACAGCCACUAGAGGAUUAGGGGAAGGCUUAACCCAUUGAUAAACAUAGCAGUUUCUCUGAAACUGCUAUGUUUAUAAAAAAAUGGGUUAACCCUAGAAGGACCUGGCACCCAGACCACUUCAUUAAGCUGAAGUGGUCUGGGUGCCUAGAGUGGUCCUUUAAGGUAAUGUUUUCACUCCAGGCUGGGAAUGAUUUUGUUCUUGUGUGAUGCAUUAAUAUAGACAACAACUUAGGUGAAAAUAUCUAGGGUUUGCAGAUUCUGCAGUGAGCUCUGGCCUAACCAUUAAGUGAAAAUCAAGAUCCUGUAACUUUCUUUGUCCAUGCUGAACUUAUCCUGUUGAUUAACAGCACUGAGUGCAGCAGGGGCUUCUGGACGUUGUAGUUCAUUUGAAAGAAUUCUCUUGUAGAAUGCUGACAGCUGACCUACAACUCACCGGAACCUUGCUGUGCAACCUCUUGAGAUGUGAAGGAAGAAACAUGGCUUCCUACCGCUCAAUAUUUCAGUGAGUGAACAAGUGGGCUUGUAGAUGCGUUACUUACCUCUAAUCCAGGGAUAGGAAACCUUUGGCACUCCAGAUGUUGUGCACUACAUGCUUUAGGAGAAUUCCUAUAAAGGUCAUGCGCCAUGUAUAGUUUUUUUUGCUUGUUUUUACACAGUAUCCUUGACCUGAUAUUUUGUGUGUAAUACAUACAGAAACAUCAACUACGCUGUCAAGGAGUGUGCCCUGUAAUCCAUAAUUAAGGUGGAUGUUCAGUAAAUACCACACCCAUCCACAGUCAUGCACUGUUAUAUUUAAAAGUGAUAAGGUGUACACAAGUCAAAUAAUAUUUUUUAAAAUAACUUCCUUAACCCUCCAUUUGCAAACAAUCUACUUUUUUUUUUUUCUUCUUCUAAUAAAAUAUAUGUAAUAGGUUAAUCAGCGUGCUUUGGUUUAUGUGACGUAUACAUUUAAUGAUAUUACAGGUGAUAUAUCAAGAAUAUUUGUAUUUGAAUAAUUUGUGUUAUUCUAGGUAUAUUGUUCUAUUAAUCAAAUAAUGUUUAUUUUGCAUUUACAAGUUGUUCUAGACACCAAACAUUUAUGUCUUCAGAGAAAUAUAUUUGUAAUGUGAAGCCAUGUCAUAUUUUCGUUUAUUUUGGCUGUAGCCAUGGAUUCUUUGUCACUGUUGCAUAAUAGGUGGCAUGGAUUAGUCACACAAAGAUAAACAAAUGUAACGAGUGAUGUCAGACACUUACACCUCACAUUCGUUGUAUUGUUACAGAAAGCUUUUAUUAAUCAAAGUCUUAUAACAAACCUUAAUAAACUGUAUUGGCAAUGCCAGGAUAACAGCUCUGAGCUUGCUGAUGGUGUUGUUUGACUGUUUUAAAGGGGCUCUGUUGUUAGAAACUGUUUGUGACCAAUACAUUUAAAAAGACUGCUAAUUGUAUUUAUAAUUUAGCAAAUGUUAUUUUAGUUAGUGUGCCCUAUCAAUACACUUAUGAUUCCUCUCCAAUUGCCAAGCUACACUGCACAAACACUCUACCCACCAAAAAAAAACAUUUAAAAAAAAAAAAACAAUCCCCGGAAAUCCAAUAUGAGCAAUUGUAGGAGCUGUAUUACAUCAUCAAGCUGUGAAUUGCUGUGGAUUGUAUCGUGGUGGUCCUGAAAGCAGGGGGUACUGCUUCACGUUGUUUUGUGUUUUAGAUUCCCAUCAUCAAGAAUUUCUAGGUCAACUAUCAAAUGAUGCAUUUGUUGCACUAAACAUAGCUAUGAAAGUGGGGGGGAUGUUGUCAAAAUAUACUUAUUUAAAUGUAAUUGUUGUACACACAUUCAGUGCUUGCAUCUGGGUAAGUUAUAAACCUUAAACAGCAAUUACUUAUGAGUCAUCAUUAUGAGUCACCUGUGCUUUAUAUUUUGCAAAUAGUUUUUGGAAUGUAAAAAUUAAAAUACAAACAUCAAUUGACUGAAUAUCAUGUGUUUUAAGAUAACGCCCCAUUUCUGUCCUAACUCUUGAAAUGAUUGUUACUGGGGUUCUGUUCUUACUCUUUGCAUGAGACCGAAAGAUUGUCCCUCUCUUUUCCCUAGACUGGGACCUGUUGUUAUUUAGAUACACAGAGCUGACAGAGAUCUCGAAAGAUGCAUACUGUAUGGGUUACAGCAAGGAUUUAAAAGGACUCUGCAUAAUUUAAUGGUUAUGGAAGAAAUCUAGAAAGACUCUGCAUGCUGUAGGGGCUAUGGCAGGGAUCUAGAAGGGCAGUACAUAUUGUAGCGGUUAUGGCAGGGAGAGUUAUGGCUAGAAGGACUGCAUCCUGUAGGGGUUACGGCAGAGAUCUGGAAAGACCCUGCAUCCUGUAAGGCCUACGGCAGGGAUCUAGAAAGAUCCUGCAUACUGUAGCAGUUACGGCAGGGAUCUAGAAAGAUCCUGCAUACUGUAGCAGUUACGGCAGGGAUCUAGAAAGAUCCUGCAUACUGUAGCAGUUACGGCAGGGAUCUAGAAGAACUCUGCAUAUUGUAGGAUUGCAGAUUUCAGUCAGAUCUAAUAAACUUGCUAGUUAUCUGCAACGUUGCUUAUUGUUUGUGGAUAUUGUGCCCAUAUAUAGACAUUUAUUUUUUACGUUCUGGUGGUGAGUUGAGAAUCUCCAUUCAGAAAAAUACUAGCAGGUGCCGCAUAAGCAGGAUUAUUUUUCUUUGUAAAACCUAAAACACACAAUAGUGAAGGGAAUAACAAAACUUAAGAAUCAGCCCUUGCAGUAUGCUAUUAGUUUUCUCAUAGAAAUAGCUUUAUUUGAAACAACGUAAAUUAUAAUAUACAAGUGUCACUUCAGUAAUUUGGUAGCAAAUAUGAAGAGUCUUGCAGAGGGUUACUAGAUCCACUAUUCCCACUACCCCCCAGGGAAACACAUAAUUAUGUUAUAUAUGAUCUGUGUCCCAGAAAACCUGGUGGACCCUAGUCUUACAAAAGUAUUCUAGAAUUAGGUAUUUUAAUAUAUUGCCUUGGACACCAUAGAAUACUCAGAAUCUAGGUUUUUUUUUUUUUUUUUUAGUCUAGGGUGUCACAAACCUCAGGAUCAUUCUAAGGGUGACAUCUACAGAUAUUACACCUGAUACCUAAUAAUUUAUGGCUUUACAUAGAAUUCUAUGUGUCCAAACCCACUGUGGUUUCAUUUCCGCUAUUUUUACUUAAAAUGUAAUAGUCCUUUUUGAAUUUGUAACAAAUCACCCUUCCGUGAAAAACCUUUUGUCAACCCCAGCUUUAUGUUUGAGUUGCAACAUGAUCCAUCAUGUAUAAUACGUGUUUGGCAGAACUCUACACUAUGAGGAACCUUUACAAAUGUAUAAAGUUGAAUAGAAUGAAUCAACAAGUUACCCUAGCUCUUUGCGUGACUCUGUGAACUAACUGAAGUUCUGACACCCUUAAGGUUUGCUGUGCUCGAUACUCUGAUGUAAACAUCGUUGAAUAACCUAUCUUUGAAUCCUGUUCAAGUUAUUCCAGCAAGCAUAACUAAUAUAAUAAUAUUCACUUUCCACAAACCCCAGAAGCACAGGCAUCUCGCUUUCUUCAGUGGCCUGUGACUUUUUUGACCUGUAGCAAAAUAAGUUUAGACUUCGUUUAGCCAAAGGGAAUGAGUCAUAUUGGCUUCUAUUGUGAAUUAACUGUUCUACCAGAUAAGAAGAGGUGUUUGUCGAGCAUGACUGAACAUUCAUUUUGAAUGCUAGACUUUGGGAAAACAGGCACAUUUCUGAAGACAUGUCUCGGUUCUCCCUGUGAUUUCUUUCCCUUAUUUAUACUGCCGACCUCUGACAGUCCCUUUUUUUUUUUUUUGCCUUUUGUUAGAUUGUGUAUUCACAUUUAUUGUUCAUGCAUUCAGCAAGCGAGCCUAUAGCUAUACAUUGGAGUUUAAAACAUAAGCUGACCUUGCAAACUCUGGAUAGCCAACAAGAUGGGGUCUGGAUGAAUAACCUUACGUUUUUAAUGUUUUCUGAAUACAUUUUCCCCAUAGUGUCAAGGAUAUAAACUUUCAAGAAGCUUAGUUCUCUAGAUUUCAAUAGCAUUUGACAAUGCUCUGCAAACAUUUACAAUAUUUAAUGUGAAGCACUAGGGUGUAGAAACUCAAUUUAUGUUUUUGCUGAAUUACCAAAUACCCUUACUGUGGCCUUUAUUUUAAUAUCAUAUAAGGUUUUUUUCAAAUUAUUUAAUAUUUUUAGAUUUAAAAAAAUUUAUCAUUUCCCCCCCACCAUCCAAAAUAUAUUGAUAACAUAUAUCAAAUAUUUAAAAUAUUAAAUAGUUUAAAAAGUCUAUCCAAAAUAUUAAAUUUAUUUGAAAAGCUUAUUCAAAAAUAUAUCCAGGCCACUGUUAUUUUUGCCUAUGUUUUGAAACUUUUGAAAGCCAUCUACAAGCCGUUUUGUGAAGAAUUUCCUUGACACGAAUUAUAUUGAUUUUUUAAAAGUUUGUUUUAUUUAUUUUUGUAAUGUAAACAUUGAAACAACAUGAAAAAAGACAACCUUGGUAACUCCUUAUGGGAAUAAUAAACCUUGUUUUGGGUAAAUCUGCAAUACAUGGCCUUCCCUAGCUGGACGAGAAAUGCACUAUAUAUAAUAAUUUAAAUUUCUACCUACUGUAGUGUCUGUGUGGUGGUUUAGGUCCCCUGCCCAAUUUUCCCACACCACACUGGCCUUGCCCGCCUCCAUGGCUGAGAUCCGUUUUGAUGAUCUCAGCCAAUCAAAUGCUUUUCCUAUUGUGGCAAAACCCACUACUGUGCCAUUAAGAAUCUCCCCCUAGAGAUGAAUUGAAUCAAUACAACUCUGUGGGGAGCAUUCACAUUGUGCAGCACUCGACUAAGAGGCCUUUCUAGUGGCCGUCUGAGUGACUGCCACUAGAGGUGCUUCUAGGCAGUAAUGUAAACAUUGCCUUUUCCCUGAAAAUAAUCCAUUACAUUGAAAAGCCUGAAGGGACAGGCUAUAGACACCAAAACUACUACUUAAAGCUGUAGUGACUAUAGUCCCUUUAACCCAUACUUCACUUCUAAUCAUAUGCCACAGUGGUUUAUUGUACUCCAGUUAGCCACUAGUACAGUGAUGGAAUCCACUUCCCCUUCCCCCACCACUAUAAAAAAAACCUUUAAAAUCAUAUCUUCACCUGUCUACCAGUUAAUGACAGGUAAAUAUGCUGUCAAAAUUAUUUUAUAACAAGCACACUAAAAAUAAACUUUCUGGUUCCAUUAUUUGUUAAUUUUAUACAUCCUAGCAUGUCCAGUGAGUGCUUACCCUGUUUAGGACUCAUGCGGAUUAGACGAUGGGGAAAUGGUUAUAUUCAUUUAUUUGACUUUUUAACUUUUGCAUAUUAUUCUUUUCUUACUACAUGACUUCCACCAGCCCUGGCCAGUUCACAUUAGGAAUUUGAAUAUAUUAAAAUUUGAAAAGACCACAUUUCUGACGAUGUUUUGUUCAAGUUUAUAAAAAAAAAAAUGAGGAUGGAGAAGUUUGUUCAUACAGAACCCUGUAGUCAUGUUAUGUUUUUUUUUUAAUGUUUUUUUUUAAAUUUUUUUAUUUAACAAAGCCGUGUGCAAGCUUUGUGCGAUGUGGUUGCUGAGCAGACGGGAUGGUGCUCUGUAUAUAGUGACCUUUUAAUGGAAUUGUAAUGCCUUGCAUUCCUGGGCCCACACCUGUGUUUGUCUAGCCUGUUCAUAAACAUUGCAUGGAAGUGUUUGGUUUCUCAUCACAACUAGAAAAAAAAUCCCUUUUUUAAUUAAUUUAAUUUUUUUUUUUUUUUUAGUCAGAGGCAAAACAUUCCUCUGCAGCACCAGAACUGCCAUUUCGUAUUAUCUACUCCUGUAAUAACUAGCUUGUUACAUUGGAGAUAAAGUUUCAUUAACUCAUUCCUUGUUUACAGUUGGCAACAUUGUGUUAGUCCAUGGAGUGAUAAUUUUAAAGCGGGACUCUUAACACCUUAUUAUUCAUAUCUGCUUCCAAUAAAAUAGAUCUUUUUGUAUAUAUUUUUUAUAGCAAUUUAUAGAAAGUAUUACUAAUAAGCCUCCGUGCUGUACAAUUUCUUUCAUGUAGGACUGUGGUUUUUUUUUUUUGUUUGUUUUUUUCAUAAAGAAAAGCUGUUGCUGGGUCGACCUAAGCCGUUUUAUAUACUUGUAUGCACAAGUCUUGUUUUGAUUAUUCUAGUGUUUUCUAAAUAACUUAUUUUCCUGAUGUGAAGCAGCAGUUUCAACAAAUGGGUAACUGCCCUCCUCAUGUCCCCAACAGGUCACUUAUGCCUCGUUUCCACUGAACGGAUCAGCUCGGGUCGGUACAGUUUGGAAGGUUUAGAAUGGUCCAGCCUAUUCUGGUGAGCGUUUCCACUGCAAGUCAGACCUUCAGGGGCCAUGCAAGGUUUAGAAAAAAUGCUCUUCCCGUCCACCAAACAAUGGAUUGUAUAGUAGCUGUGCCCUAACCGAACCGUACCAUUUCCUAUGGCCCUACAUCUGAAGAAGGACCCUGAAUGGUGCGCUACGGUUUGGUUGUAUGGGCCACUUUCAUAAUGGAAACACUCAAAAUAGUGAACCGUACCGAUCCGCUCAGUGGAAACAAGGCAUAAGAAAACCUUAUUAAAAGCUAGCCCCUUCCUUUUUCUUUCCCAUUGUCUUGUGUAUGGUACAACGAGACCCCAAACCCCCCAGUAUCUGUCUGUCUUCCAACAGGCUUGGUUUGUCAUUUUUAAGUCCAUUCUUCAGACUUUCAUGUUGUUGGGCUUACACUGGCAUCUGUGUCCGCAAGGUAGAGUGUGGCUCAAAGAUUUGAUCUGCUCAGCAGUAGAAUGACCAUGCAUGGUGUACAGACAAUAAACAGUAUUUAAAAAAAAAAACAACUCAAAAACAUGGAAUCUCCUUGAAUUUCAUGUUGGCAAAAAGCUUUAUAAAUAUAACACGUACAACCACGGCAAGUUUGUAUCAAAGCGUGAGAAUUAAUUUUUUUUUUUAUACCUUACUCAGGCUCUAUAUCGCUGCACCCACGACUGAUUCCGGGCAAUGUCUUAUAGAUUCUACUAAUAUCAAUAACUCAUUUUCCACCUUGUGUAUUAUAAGUUUAACUCAUCGAGGGCCAGAUUUAAAUUUUUCAUUGAAAUGACUUGAACAUUAAACUUCUUGCACUUAAACAAUGAAAGGAAUGAUACGGUGUUCUGAGAGUGCUUUCUCUUUACUACCAGGUCUAUUGUUUGCCUCUGUCAUCUUAGGUUUAGAGAAUAAUGCAAAAUACACAGGUUCCCAUCCAUUAGCCUCUAUUAUUCAUGGUUAGGUUAGAUCGCUCUGCUCAUGAAUAAUAAACUUGCCUCCAUUCUUGUAGUGAUACUAGCUAUCCAUGUUACAUUAGUUUCGCUGUGUGUUGGGAUGUAUAUCUUCUAGCACUUUAAAAAAAAAAUUUUUUUUAACUGAUUCUUGUGAAACUUCAACAUGCUCAGUGAUCAAUGUAUUAAUGUUCCUUUUUUAUAUUUCUGCUUUUACUGCAGUUAUCGCAAAACAUAGGUAUUUUGCUUUUACUUUUCUCCUCAUGCACAUUUUUCACAUUUUAUUUUGUAUUCAGCACUUGUGUUUUUUCUUUUACUGGAAUGCAUUUUAGAUAUGGGCCAAUACCUUCUAUCACAAUAUGGAAUGUUACUUGUUUGUCUUUUAUAGUUUAUGCUUUAUUGCUUUCUUUUUCCCAUUUAACUCUUUUUGUAGUUUAGAACGUUUCUCCAUUUAAUAUUCAAUUUUUCACCUUUAUUCCUCAUAUUAAGCCAUUUUUAUAAAUGGUUUUUAUUAUUAUUAUUAUUUAUUUAUUUUUUUUGUCGCUUCAACUGAGGAUUUCACGCUCACUGUCCUCCAAAUGUUUUUCCAUCUCCACUAAAAUUAUGUAUUUAUGUAUUUUAUUUUAUAUUGUGAAUUAAAUUAAAACUUUUGAUCUCCUACUUACAUUUAAAGGUGGGGAUGCAACAAUGAGUGGUAUCAUAGGGGAAAGCUUUAAACCUGUUGUAGCCAGCAGAAAGUCUUGCCAACUCAUGCAGGUGUUAUUAUCCAUCUAUAAUUAUUGCUCUUGUAACAUUAGAUGUGAAUGCAAGAAAGAGAACAUUGCAUGGCAUUGUAGAAACAGAUUCCAUCGAGCGAACACUACUCUCAAAUAUCUGAACUAUAUGAAGCUGUACCAUUGGGCCUAUUGCUUGUUUGUGUGCACUUACAGCUCUCUCAGCAAUACAGUGUGUUUUAAAGUGACAUGGUAAUCACUAUCAAGAGGAGUAAUCCGCUUAAAAAAAAAUAAAAUAGUGUAUUUUCGAAUUGGAAUUAUGUUUGUAAAACCUUAGUUCGAAAUUUCUGAGAACAGGUGUGUAACCGAAUAUACUUAAAUUGGAGAGUAACUAUUAAUUAAAAAAAAAAAAAGUUUAUGUCCAAGAAAAAAAAAAAAUACAGCUGCUGAUACAAAAUAUUUAAUAUUUUCUACUUGAAAUUGUAGUAUAUUGCAACGCAUUCAGUAUAAAAUAAGUUAAUCGUUGCCCUGUCUAUUUAACCACAGACAGAUUAAAAGUUACGGCUUUUAAAUUUCCCUUGCAUUGUUGAAAAUCACAGCUUUACCAGAAGUCCAAAAAAGCCUGAGCUUAUUUGAACAGCCAAGAACCACUUAUAGCUCUAAUUUGAAGAGGUAAGGCAGUUUUUUUUCUUUUUAAUAUAUUUACUAAACAAUAUAUGGAGAGCUAAAGGGAGCAUGCUAAGUGAAUAUUUUGGUUGUUUUUAGUGUGUCAAGUGCCAAACGUUAAGGGUCAGUCUACAACAGGACUGACCACACUUGAUCUAGGGUAUUUUUACCAAUAUGUACUCUUAGCUUAUGUUACACCUCAAGACCUCAAACAGUCCCACUUGGGACUGUUCUUGGCUGCACAGUGCGAGAACAUCAUUAGAUGUGCUUGUGGUGUACAGCCGGCACUAGGUACUAAAGUCCUGGGGGUAGCGGCCAAAAUGCUUGUCAGCAGAUAGGCCCGCACCUUAUGGAUGUUGUUGGUAAUGAGGUUGCAUCACUGUUGACAUUAGUGACACUCGCCCAUCUAGUCCCGGUUAUACAGGCUCCAAAGUUGGGUAAUGUACACCUCCCCAAUAAGAAGCUUGGGGCCACUUGGAAUUUCGUUGGAUCUUCUUUUGUAAACAAUACAUGCAAAGUAUUUUCCAAGUGUAUUAAUGGCUUUUGACUGUUGAGGUGUACCUUUACAUUCUCUCUGCAAAACAAGCAACCCACAGGCCCAAUUAGUAUAUACAGCCAGGCCUUGAAUCACAUGCUUUACCACACCCACCACAUUCCAUUUAGCCACAGAACAAAAGCCUUAAACGCACUGAUAACUUUGCCAUAAGAGAUUUGUGGAAACAAGAUUAGAUAUUGAAUUCACAGGUGUGCAAGUCACAUUUGUGCAAUUCAUUGUGACUGUCAUUUUAUACAUUUUAUCUAUAAACUGUCUUUGCAUUCCUGUCAUACCUCGUGGUGUAGCUGUAUUCAAUACGUUGUAGUGUUGGUGUAUUUGAAAAAUGUAAGGUUCUAUGAUAUACAUUCUUCAAUAUAUAUAUAUGGUAUAUGUUAUGGUGUGCAUCUGGAAUAUCUUCAGUAAUAUUGCAACCUAGGCAACUCAUUCUUUUUACAUUUUGCUGUUAAAUUGAGCGGUACACUAAACCAAUCUCUGUUGCAAAGUAGGUGACAAUGUGAAACUUAAAGGAACAUUCCACAGUGCUAAUGAAAAAAGAAACAAUCACUGUUUACUAAAUAAUAUACACCCCUAUGAAGACAUAUUGUGUGUAUAUCUUAAAAUAACUGUUUGACAGCCAGGGAGGUGUUUCAAUAUUUAAUGAUAAAAGUGACAAUUUUCUUUUAGAGGUCUGCACUUUUAUAAAGUGCCCUUUAAAAGGGUACUCCUCACCCAUAAAGCAUUUUGGCAAUCUGCAGUGCUUUUUAUGAGUGUGGAGUGGUUCUUUAAGGCUGUUCAGAACAUAGUACAAGGGCUGAUUGCCUAUUGGUUACUUAAAGGGACACUCCGGACCACUAAAGUACUUCAGCUUGUUUGAAGUGCUUUAUUUGUGAAGUGUGUCUUCUUUUUUUUAAUUUCACAAAAAGUGAACAUUUCAGUAGAAAAUUGCACUUUUUAAAAAAAAUUAACCUUGUUACAUCCUCCUGGCUCUCACUCGGACAACAGGUAAUGUUACUUCCUGGUUUGACUAGAUCAGUGGAGCUAAACUCAAGAGGCAGCAAUUGCACAGAGCUCCUGCCUUGCAAACACUUCUCAUUGAGGCGCAUUGAGAAGUCUGUGAUUGGACAGAAACAGAAAGUUUGGGCUGGGGAAGAAGGGGAGGGCUUGCAAAGGCUGCAGACCAGAAAACUUCUAUUGUAAGCUGACUGCAAACUGCUUCAUUAAAUGCAUACAUGUUUUAAUUUGAGAUAUAUCUACUAAACAAGUAUUUUAUUUAGGCAGUGGAGUGCCCCUCUAAAUGUCAAAUACUGUGCAUUUUCAGUUGUGAACACAGAUGAGACAGAUUGUGUCUGCAGUUUGUACUGUGUGUUAUACCAGAAACAAUGAUAAGUUUUUUGAUUUUUAAUGCAUUUUAUUGUUUGUGGCCUAAACCAGGGGUAGGCAUCCUUUCACACUAUAGAAGUUGUGGACUACAUAUCCUCUGAUACUUUGCCAGCAUACGGUAGGAGCAUUAUGAGAGAUGUAGUCCACAAUAUUUUGAGUACCGAGGGUUUCAUACCCUUGGGUGAACAAUUAGCCGUAAUAUUGCCACAUAUUGCAUCCUACACCUCCCUCGUUUUUUGCUUGUUACUAUACUGGGUAUAUAAUGUCACAGUUCCAUUUCUUUUUUCUCCUUCAUAAAGUGUUUCUCCUAUAAAACGCUUGUUCAUGUUAGCAGCAAGGACAAUGAAGGUUUCAUAUGUGUAAAACUAUUAACUAAACUACAAACUCCAGAAAUCUGUCUGGCAAGGUUUUAGGCAACAAAGUCAGCACGUUAAAAUGUUCCAUAGAAAAGGUAUUGGAGCUUCCUGGGUUUAAUAACUGCUUGGAAUGUAAAAAAUUUUUUUAUUGUAAAUAAAUAAAUAAUCAUUUUGUGGGCUUUUUUUCUUUAUAUUUGAUUCCCUGUUGUUUUAAAAGCAUUAUCUAUAUAAUGUAUUCAACAGAAUGGUUCACCUGCCUUUUUAAUACCAGCACUGCUACAGCAAACACGAAAUCCAGAUGACAAGAACCUCUUCUUUUCUGCUACAUUUACACCUUCAGAAGGCAUGUAAUGUAUCUUAGGAAUAAGGCACUAUAUUGUUCACCAGCAUUUACCAGUGAUCAGCAAUGCCCAUUUUGCCUCCCUUGUUCAAGGUACACUUGAGCAAAAUAGAGCUAGUUAGAGGUAACUGUCAAGGAUUACAAUAACAUUUAUAAUCAAAAUGUCAACACACCGUCCUCAAAGCAUUGGAUGUUCUAGAAGAAUAGAAAUGACUAGUGUUUCUGUCAUUGAAACUUCAACAUUGUUGCAUUACCUGUAGCUUGCUUUUCCUCUUGCUUUUUUUUGGGGGUGGGGGGGAGGAGGGUAAAUGGCAUGAUUAUUAAUAUAUUUUUUAUAGUACCAAAAUAUCCUGCAUUGCCUUUGAAUUCUGGAAAGGGGAAAUGUGAGUUAAAGAAACCUGCUCAAACAAGCUUACAAUCUGUGAGGUGAUGCCAGGAAAAAUAUCUUUUAGCAUUUUUUUUUUUUUUUUCACAACCACCAAAGUCCCCAAGGCCACUUCAUCUCGGAAGAGUUCUGGUUACAGUGGUCCUGUCACUUUAACACUACAAAGUUAAAUUCUCAUGUAGUGGCUGUCAUACUGACCGCAGCUAUAACAGCAUCUGCAGCACCAACAGAAUAAAACUCCAAUCAAGUGACGCAACAACCACAAUAGGAAAAUCUGCUUGCUUGUGAAAGCUUAAAUAAGGUCACGGUGCUCGCCUUGCAUGCACAUCCGGUCCCCAAUGCUCCUCCAUUAGGAGCAUUGGUUUGGACAUCGUCGGAGGAGGCCAUGCCUUCUCCGAGACUUAGCGGAAGGAGGAAAGCGGAGAGUUACACGAAAUCAUUAAUUUUAUUUUAUGAGGCAAACAGGAAGGGGAAGGGGGAGCGGGUUGGGGGUCCUAUCUUUUAAGGACCGGUACAUCUCAGCAUUAGGGUUUGAAUUCCCAAUAUUUGUGUUCUUUUAAUAACUCAUGAUCUAUAGCAUUCAUUAUGCAAAACUAUGCAGUUUAAUUAUUUUAUAAAAAAAAAUUUUCUCCUACAUUUUUGUGACUUAUUUUCUUUAAUUGCAAAUGGCUAAUAACUGUAUUGAGACAAUGGGAACCCAUUUCCUAGGUGAAUAAGCAGAAUAUUAAGCCCUAUAGUAAAAAAUUAAAUUGCUAUGUCAGCCUAACACCGUAAUCUACAGUUUGUUUACUCAGAUUCCUAUAUGCUUACGAGAACCAAAGCAAAUGCCAUGCUGCAGUCACAAGUUUCCAUUUGGCUGCUCCUUUCAGUUCUGCCAUAAUUCUUUGUAAAUACCUGAUAAAGAUCUAAAGCCAUUCAGCUGAUCUUCAUGCGCACAGACGGCAAAUUAUUGAUUAGAUCUACUUAUUUUGGCUUCAAUGCAAAAACUGUAUUAGAAUUGGUGUCCAAAAGACUAUGGACAUGAGCCCCAGUGUACGUUUUAUGGCCCCUUCCGUGCUACAGUUUUUAAAACUGUACCCCUUGUAAUGUUUAGAGAGAAAUGUCAACUAGAAUUGCUGAUUUAAAUAAAUUUUGGGCUAAUAAGUCCUGAAAUCAGAUUUGAGGAUUUUUAGGAGUUGACUCAGGGCCCCGGUUGUUCAGAACUGAAUCUUUGCAAAAUGUAACCAUUUGCCACUGUAUAGUGUAGAACAGAAUUGUCUAAUCUCUUCAUUAAUAACCAAUUUGGAUUAACCCCAUAUCAUAAAGGGAAUAAAAUGUAAGUUUUCAAUUUUCUUAAACCAACAAUGUAACUGGGACAAAUUGUGCCUUAUUCUAGAACAGGCAUUGGCAGCCUUCGGCACUCCAAAUGUUUUGGACUACACUUCCCAUGAUGCUUUGCCAGCAUUAUGGGUGUUAGAGCAUUAUGUGGGAUGUAGUCCACAACAUCUGGAGUGCCGAAGGUUGCCUAUCCCUGUUCUAGAACUAUGUACAUCUAUAAUGGCUCCACCUGCUGCCCAGCCUCACAAACAAAAUUCUAAUGCUGAUUUUACUGUGUAAAUAGUUUUUCAGUGGGAAUACUGCCACUCCAACACCCAUUUUCGAUUACCUAUUGAUUGAGCUAUAUUGUUCAGCUUUUUUUUUUUUUUUUUGUUGAGGUUAUAAAUAGUUAAUGGUUUACAAUUGUAAAUUAGUUUCUGUAAUGAGCUACAUAUACAUAUUCCCUGGAUAUUUAUUUAUGUUUGCAUGGUUUUCCUAGCUCAUUUUCCUAGGCGGUUAUCAGAUCUGUCUUUAUUUAACAUGUACCACAAAUAUCUCUGGAUAGCAGGAUUCAAAUCAAUGAAGGUUUUUAAACGUUAUUGGUGGGAAAAAACAAACAAACUCUGAUCAGACAAACGGUCAGAACCAGAGAGUUAUAGGGUCAAACAGUAAUUCUUCAUAUAACUAUAUAACACCUGUAACAGCUCCACCUACUGCCCACCCGACACACUCAUUACUAUGAUGACUACUUUUCCUGCUCAGUCAAUUUAAUUCACUGUAUUCCAUGAAGAAUGAAACUAGUGACAAGGUAAUUGAAUUCCAUACACUGUUUAUUUUAAUGUCUGCUUAAUUAAAAAGCAAGCAUAUUUCAGAAUUUGAAGCCACUUACAGGAACACUACAGUGUUAGAAUAGAAAACUGUAUUCCUAACGCUACAGUGUCCCUCUGCAAAGCUCGCGCCCUCCCCCCCCCAACUCAAGGCACUUAAAUGGUUAAACAGAAUGUUCCCUGAACACUCCGAACUGUGUUGGAGAUGUGGACGAGCAAUUGGAGACACCCUGCACAUUUGGUUGUCUUGCCCGACAAUAGCAACAUACUGGCAGAGGAUCCAUAGCCUGAUCAAGGAAAUAAUCGACUCUGACAUAGAGCUGCAACCACUACCGAUGCUGCUCCACCAUACAAAGCUCCCUGCACCCACCUAUAAAAAGAAAAGCGUACCAAGACACCUCUUAAAUGCUGCUAAAGUACUCAUACCCGCAAAAUGGGGAAAACCGGAAGCACCAACGGUCAAGGAAUGGAUGGAGCAGGAAUCUCUAGCAGAGAGGGUGGCUUGCAGCAGUCUACACGCUACAACUCUGCUUCCCAACCACUCUGAAUCCUCCCUAAUAAUCCUUAAAUGCAGUGACACACGCCCAUACUGCAUAAUCCACGCCGCUGCAUAGUCAUUGUGUGCCACAGCAGACGUGGCCGACUGAAGCUACUGGUCAGCCGAUCCACACUCCCUAAUAUUAUAUUAACUCUGCAUCCCGAUUGAGAAAGCCACUUGGCGAAACGCGUCUCGGUGAAAGGAGGACUAAACAGGACUUUAUAUACUGUUUAUGGUAUUAUUGAUACUUAUAUUUUUUGCAUUUUUUAUUUUGUACCAAUAAUUCUUUCUACUCCUGCUGCACAAGAAGGGUUGUGUUCCCCUUAAAGACACGCCAUAAUACCAGGAGCCUAGUAUAACUGGCUCCCCAAAAGGUGAGCAGCUACUUGCAUUUACGCUUUGGCUAUCUACUGCACUUUACAAUCUGUACAAGGAUAUUUUGUUACUUUUUGGCUCCAUAUUGAGGAUCAUUGAGCCAAGAAUCCGGAGAAGGGUUUGGUAUUACCUAAUAUACCUCCGCCUAUGAGAUCCCCUUAUUCCAACACCGUGGAAAUCCGGCGUUCACUCCGACUACGCCACCUCCUCCUUAAUAGCAAGAGGAAGCAUGCAUAUGCAAAGCGUCCUUUCAACGUCCAGCAUCCUUUCACUAAGUUAAACUCCCGUGUAAAUGCAGGAAGUGCCUCUAGUGGCUGUCUGGGAGUCUGUCAAUAAAGGCAGCCUUAACACUGCAAUGAAAACAUUGAGGUUCCUCUAAAAAUGCACCAGACCCAGACCCAUACAAUGAGAUGAAGUGGUCUGUGUGCCUGUACUGUCCUUUUAAUGAUUAGAAAUCAUAAGUAGCAUUCAUUGGACAUAAUUCUUUAUUAGAGUGGUUAUCUUUAUUUUGAUACAGAUCUGUUACAAUUCUAAGUGUAAAAAAUAAAAAAAGCUAUAUAAUGUCAACAAUACUCCAAGUAGGUUUGUCAAAUAAUUAUAUCCGUACAUAUGUAGCUUUCGUUAACAGUUUAGUCAGAAUCUUUUGAAAAGGAGGUAGAAAAACCGUGGAAACAACUUUCAAGCAAAUGGGCUCAUAAAAUAGCAUUUCUCCUGUAAAUCUUGCAGUAAAUCAUCACGCCAUUUUCAUGUGAAGCAUGUGUCCAAGUUCUAGUUACAGGGAAAGCUUUGGUCACUAGCUGGCCUUUGAAAGCAUGUGCAUUUUAUUUGCUUCACUGGGUGCAGAAUUUUAUCUCUUUCUUCAUCUCAACAGAAUUGGAUAAUCCAUAAAUCCUGUUAUAUCAUAGUGGCGGGUGGCUUUGGCAGUGUUCCAUCUUGUAUUACAAACGUUGCAAUUACAGGAAAUAUUCUGAAUAUUCUGAAUGUUUGAAGUUCCAGUUCCAAAUUUCUAAUACAUAAAUCACAAGCCACCAACAAGUUCACAAUAGAAACAUGUUUUUAUUAAAUGUAACUUUAUCUCUUAAUUUUGUUAAAUGUUGAUUUAUAGCAUAUUCCAGUGUUUUCCAAACCAGUCUUAUAGGCACUCCUACCAGUCCAGGAUUUAGGGAUUAUCCAGCUAUGUCUAAGGUUUUUUUUGUUUUUUUUAAAACACCUUGGACACACCUGGGUAAUCCCUAAAUCCUGGACUGUUAGGGGUGCCCUGAGGACUAGUUUGGGAACCAAUGGCAUAUCCUAAAAUAUGGGGCUGUAUUAUAAAAUAGGCCUCAAUAUAAUCCUAUGUGUAGGGUAUGCGUGUAGGGUGCGAGAACUCCACUUUAUUUAUUAUUUUAUUCAGUUAAAAAGGUGUAUUUUCAAUUCACGAGGGCUUUUAAAUUGUGUCAUUUGAUUUUGAUGUCUCUUUCUGGUAGCUUCAGUUAUGUAUUUGGGUUAGCUUAGCAGGAACUAUUUUUUUUUUUUUAUUUUUUUUUUUAAAUGCUUUGCAGUUUGAUUAGCUUAAAGGACCACUAUAGUGCCAGGAAAACAUACUCGUUUUCCUGGCACUAUAGUGCCCUGAGGGUGCCCCCACCCUCAGGGUCCCCCUCCCGCCGGGCUGGAUGGCAAGGAAAGGGGUUAAACUUCCCUUUUUUCCAGCACUGGGUGGGAAGCUCUCAUCCUCCUCUUCGGCUUAAUGCGCAUGCGCGGCAGGAGCUGCGCGCGCAUUCAGCCAGUCUCAUAGGAAAGCAUUCAUAAUGCUUUCCUAUGGACGCUGGCGUCUUCUCACUGUGAUUUUCACCGUGAGAAUCACGCAAACGCCUCUAGCGGCUGUCAAGGAGACAGCCACUAGAGGCUUUAGAGGCUGGAUUAACCCUAAUAUAAACAUAGCAGUUUUUCUUAUAUAAAAAAAAAAAAGUUAAUCCUAGAGGGACCUGGCACCCAGACCACUUCAUUAAGCUGAAGUGGUCUGGGUGCCUAGAGUGGUCCUUUAAAUUUGAAUUUAAAACUUAGAUGUAUAAUUUCAAAUUGUCUCCCCCUCCUUCUCCCCCCCCCCCAGAUCUGCAUUCCAACUAGUAGACUGGCAUAGUUUGGAUCCGUUGAUGCUUAACAUAGUUUUAGGUUAGAGCAAUGUGUUCAAUGUGUAGGAAUGUUCGUGUCUUGCUCUUCGCUCAGUGAUUGAUACAGAGACCUCUAGGUUACUGUAUGGUUGUCUAGCUUAAAAAAAAAAAUCAGGUGUUUUGGCUUUUUUUGUUUUUCUUAGUAUUUCUUUUCAGAGACUUUUAACCCCUUAAGACUAAACUUCUGGAAUAAAAGGGAAUUAUGACAUGGCACACGUCAUAUGUCCUUAAGGGGUUAAAGUGUAAUUUGUAUAUGUAUUUUUCUGCCUUUUGCUUAUGACCUAAAAAGAAUAUUUUGGUGGUCAUUUUUUUUUUUUUAUUUUUUUUUUGCAUCAUGACCUUAAGUUUAUACAGGAUACUUUAUAUAUGCAACAAGGUUAUGUAUUUAGAAAUUGUUUCAAGGUAAUCCAUUAAACACUGACCGUUAAAUGGGCAACUGUGGUUUUAGCUGAUACCGAACUGCAAACAGCGAGCUGUAAAAUUUGUUAAAGAAAUAGUGUGAGGGUUUAAGCACAUAGUUGACUUUCUAUCAAUGGAGAAUUUGUGACUUUUAUGCUCUUGCACAAUUAUAUUCAAAGAACGUGACUUUUUUUUUUUUUAUUACUAUAAUUAUAUAGUACAAUGAGAGCCAGGAAGCAAUUCUCUCAAGACAAUGGUGAUUCUCCCACACUAGAACAUUAAUGUCCUUGGCGUGGCCAUAGCGAGAAAUAAAUCUGAGCCUUGUUCCGCAAAUAAUGAGCAGUGAGUGCUAGCUCAUAUAAUACCAUGGGAUCUCAGAGUCCAGUGCAAAAACAUUGGUUAAAAACAGGCACCAGGCUGUAAAGAGUAGACUACUUCCUUAAAGCCCAGUGAAGUACAAGACACCCGUUAACGCAUUUCAACAGAGUGCCAGACUUUAUCAAGACCAGUACUUUUUCACCCAACACUGUAGUGUACGUACAUGUGAUGCAACCCAUACUUUCCCAAUCUCCAACUGCAGUGCAGCUGCUGAGAUCUUUCAGUUUCACCGGCAAAGAGGAAUCCUAAUAAAUCACAUUGUAACCGCCAUAUUCAUAUUUUGCUACAUUCAGUAUACUCCUGACUGAGUGUGGACACAAAAGGUUUAACUCGAAAGAGCCUAGAUUACAUUUUACGAAGACCAAACUGCUAUAAAGGUUCACUUUCUAAAGUGACAUAUCCUACGAAGAGCGGCCACGUCCAAGGUUUUCUUAGAAGUGGCCUUGGGGUCAUCCUAUAUCAUUUGAUUAAACACUCACAUUCCCUUUGAAAAGGACAUGAUUGUAUCAUUACAUUUUAAUCAUAAAGAAGAACUGAACUCUUCAGACACAUUUUGAGAGAAAAACAAGAACCGAGUUAGCUUCAUUUACUCUGGAAAUAUCACUUCUUUAGGAAACAAAAAAGGAUUAAUGGAACACUAUAGUGUUUGUAUUCCUGAUACUAUAGAACUAAAUAACAGUUUAGGCCACCAGCCUCCCUUACCGCUGGUGAGAAAGGUUUACGCCUAUUUUUCCAGCGCGCUUUCGGAUCCGUCCCCUUAGCUGAGCUCAUCAAACAUUGGAAAAUAGCAGUGUUUCCAUUAAAAUUCCUGCAGGAACAGGCAGUAGACACCAGAACAACUUAAUUAAGUUAUUCUGGUGAAUGAAUAUAGUUUCCCUUUACGUGAUUAACACACAGCAUAAAACCUACAGGACCAUUGCAAACAGUGUUUAGCCCCUUAAACACAAAUUAUGGUCUAUGCCAUCAAUCUGGAUUAAAAGGACCUUAUUCCAGAAUGGAAUGAGUCCUCUGCUGAGGAGUCCAGAGUUAAGUACCCUAAAACCUCAAUAUUUGAAAGAAUCUCUGCUCAAUGAUGAUUUUAGUCUUUCUGGUGGCAAAAUAAACAUGUCCAUGAAUACCUUCAGAGCAGUAUAUUUUCUUUAAAUUAAGAAAAUAUUUAUAAAGGGAGUUGCUCCACAGUACAAGGAAGUUGGCUGAUAGUAAAUGAUUACAUGAAAUAAAAGUUGGCGAGGGCCGCUUAUGAGCUUACCUUACAUAUCAAGGGAUACCAGAAGUACAUCGGGUUAAAAAGGAAUCUAUACACCUGUUCAUGUUUUUAUGGCUUUAGUGAUUGUUAAGUGACUGAUGGACUUUUUUUGAACUACAGUUAUUAAGUCGUAUUCAUCUUCUAUACUGAUAUUAAACCUUAUGCAAAGACUAGUGACAGCUGAACAGAGGUAAAAAGUAUACAUUUUGAGUACAGAGGUAUUUUCAUGUGGGAUGCCGUGUGGAUCAUUUUGGGGUAGUGUGACAACUGUGGGUGCCUGUUUAAAAUGGCAAAAGCGAACUGUGUGUUUUUUUUAAUCCUAUACAUUUCUAUUAUUUUAUUUAAAUUUUUUCUUACAUCCCACUCGCACAUUUACAAGAACAAUAUUUGAAUUAUAUAUCUCCAAUCUGACCAUCUUAUCUGAGUGGUUAUUGGGAGGCAACUCUUCUUUUUAUACUCAACCCCCAUUGCACCUAAAUGUAAUCCUUAAUUUAGCCCAUUCAGCUCCUAUACAGGAAUGGUUAUACAUUAAUAAUUGUCUAAUCUCUAAAACUGUGGUCAGAUUUUUUACCUUUGUGUCUGUACAUUGGUACAGAUGGAACGAUAUCUAGCAGGUUGUAUACACUAGAACAAAAUAGGGCACAUUUCAGACUUUUUAUUUUCCGUUUUAACAUUUGCCUCUCUUUUCUUAAAGUGAAAAUGUCAGAUACAGAAUGUUGGAGUACUGUCGUUCAAUAGUGACUUUUUUUUUUUUUUUAAAGCAGACUUUUUCAAUCAGUUUUUUUUUUUUAUACAUCCCCAAGCAAAUUUUAUUCAUACAAAUAAACAAAUUUAGUAUUGCAUUUUUCUGCAGUUGGAGCACAGGGAAGUAUUUUUGUUUGGAAUAUUUUUUUACAUAUAAAUACAGAUACUAAUUGUGUUAACAUUGCACCAUGUUUCUUAUUGAAAACUGACUUCAUAUACAUUACACACGUUUUAAAAGUUUUGCUCCAGUUUCACGGGACAAUUCAAGCAACAUAAUCACCUGUGCCCCAUCUACAGGUUCUAGUAUAACACGCUCCCUGGCCCUUUUAAAUGUAAUGCAGCUUAUACAUUUUGAUAGGCUUCCAUAAAGGAUUGGACUGUGGCUGCAUAAGUGUAUGGAACUAUCUAGCUCUAUUUAUGGAAAAACUUUGAAUAGAACAUUUGGUUUGUGAGAAAUUGCAACACUGGUUUAAUGCGUAUGUUUUAAAGAAUGAAAGUGUCGAAUAAUAUCCACCUAACCAUUUCCGCACAUAUGCAGCUCUUAAAGAAACCUUGUAACCAAUUCUUAGUCAAGACAGAGCUCACUGUAGGUACACAUCCUCACCAUUGGCAGCAAAGCAGGAACAUCAAAGAUUAGUAUUGUUUUGUUUUGUACACUUUUUUAAAAAAAAAUCUACGUUUUUAUCUUCGUAGUGCAAUAAAUGAGUCGAGAGACUCAAAUAUGCCAUUACAUAACAAAAUACGUGGAGCAGCGUUGAGGUAAACCUUAUUUAAAUACUUGUCCUAAAUUGUGUUUGGAUAUAAUGUGGCAGAGUCAACAAGUUCUCCGCAUUGCUUCCAAGGUACACGAUCAGUUCCUGUUCUUCUUCCUUGCAUGACAAUCAGACUUUAUUUUUAUUUUCCGUUAGAUUUAUUACUAAGAUACCUCUGCAAAUGCCUACUGGUGUAAAAGGUGGCAUUAUAAGCAAGACCUUUGCCCUGUGCACAGACUGAGCUUUGAAUGGGAAAGUGGAGCAUCUGUCGAGCACAAAGAAUAGUUUCAUAGGUUUUGAAGUGUGUAUUUUUAUCAUGGUUUUAUUACCUAUCUGAUGGUGCUAUAAAGAUAAGAAUCCAUUCUGUUGCUGUUCCAAAAUUCAGAGCUGCUAUCGCUGAUUGAUAUAUUUUUUUCUGUGUUCGUCUUUUAUAGAGAUGUACAGUAUAUACUCGAGUAUAAGUCUAGUUUUUCAGCACAUUUUUUGUGCUUAAAAACCCCCACUCGACUUAUACUCGAGUCACUGUCUGUAUUAUGGCAACUUAGAGAGCUGCGGCCGUCAGAGCCAUGGCAACGAUCCGCGCGGCAACCAGACCGCGAGACUUACAGUGGAGCUGACCGGAACGGAGGAGAAGGGAGCUGACAGGAGCUGCAGGAAAGGUAAGUAAAUGCUUCCUGCCGGCCCCCCCACUUCACAGCCCAUGCCACUGGACCACCAGGGAUUAAGAUAGCCCUCCUCCUUGACCAGUUAACAAGCAGGCAGGGGGGACAAAAUAAAAUUAAAAUAAUAAAAAAAAAAUAAUAUUAAAAUAAAAAAAAUUUAAAUAAUAAAAAUGCCCUCCCCCACCCAGUUCACACACACUACACAAACACACACUCUGCAUUAUAUACACAGAGUGUGUGUAUAUAAUGCAGAGUGUGUGUUUGUAUGAGUGUGUGUAUAUAAUGCAGAGUGUGUAUAUAUAAUGCAGAGUGUGUGUUUGUAUGAGUGUGUGUAUAUAUAAUGCAGAGUGUGUGUUUGUAUGAGUGUGUAUAUAAUUAUAAAAAUCACAGAAUUUCAUAGCCCCAAGAUUUACCCUCGACUUAUCCACGAGGCAUAGCAUAUUUCACAAUUGUUGGUCACAAAACUGCACUCGACUUAUACAUGAGAUCGACUUAUACACGAGUAUAUACGGUAAAUGUAGCUGGUGCUGUUGUUGUGACAAACUGAAAACGUAUUCAGUACAUGGAUAAGCUGCACACGGCAUGAACUAGUUUAAAUGCCAGUCAUGAUCACUCCUAAAACUGUAUCGUUUUCUACUUACCGUAUAUACUCGUGUAUAAGUCGAGUGCAGUUUUGUGACCAACAAUUGUGAAAUAUGCUAUGCCUCGUGGAUAAGUCGAGGGUAAAACUUGGGGCUAUGAAAUUCUGUGAUUUUUUUAAUUAUAUACAAACACACUCAUACAAACACACACUCUGCAUUAAACACACACACUUAUACAAACACACACUCUGUAUUAUAUAUACACACACACACACACUCAUACAAACACACACUCUGCAUUAUACACACACACUCAUACAAACACACACUCUGCAUUAUAUAUAUAUAUACACACACUCAUACAAACACACACUCUGCAUUAUACACACACACUCAUACAAACACACACUCUGCAUUAUAUAUAUAUAUAUACACACACUCAUACAAACACACACUCAUACAAACACACACUCUGCAUUAUAUAUAUAUAUAUAUAUAUAUAUAUACACACACACUCAUACAAACACACACUCAUACAAACACACACUCUGCAUUAUAUAUAUAUAUAUAUAUAUAUACACACACUCUGCAUUAUAUACACACACUCUGUGUAUAUAAUGCGUAGUGUGUGUGAACUGGGUGGGGGGAGGGCAUUUUUAAUUUUUUUUAUUUUAAUAUUAUUUUUUUAUUAUUUUGAUUUUAUUUUGUCCCCCCUCCCUGCUUGUUAACUGGUCAUGGAGGGGGGCUAUCUUAAUCCCUGGUGGUCCAGUGGCAUGGGCUGUGAAGUGGGGGGGGCCGGCAGGAAGCAUUUACUUACCUUUCCUGCAGCUCCUGUCAGCUCCCUUCUCCUCCGUUACGGUCAGCUCCGCUGUAAGUCUCGCGGUAUGGUUGCCGCGCGGAUCGUUGCCAUGGCUCUGACGGCCGCGGCUCUCUAAGUUGCCAUAAUGCAGACAGUGACUCGAGUAUAAGUCGAGUGGGGGUUUUUAAGCACAAAAAAUGUGCUGAAAAACUAGACUUGUACUCGAGUAUAUACUGUAUUUUUCCCCCCAAAAAGAGCCUGUGUCGUUGGGAAGAUUCGACUUGGACACUUUCUUUAUUCCUCUUAUACUAUAUCUCUUUAAAAAAAUAUAUAUAUUUAUAUAUUUCUCAAAACUUUUAGUAAAUUAGUCUUUUAGUCAUUUACUUUGGAUUGUUUAGUGUUUUUGCUGUAAUUUUGGAUUUGGCCUGCAUCCCUCCCUCUCCUCCCUUCUCUCUGUUUUAUGCCUGUCUUUCAUCAGACCAAGUGGCACUUGCAAACUGCAAUUGAGCUGUUGAUGACAGGCACUCGAAUUUGCUUUGGAAGCAGUGUAUAAUAAGGCAGAAUUAAACUAUGCUUUAUAGAAAAAUUAGUAAGAUACCAUUGUAAAAUAUUAAUAGAAGAGCCACUAUAGUAAAUACAAAUAGCAAUACAAACUUGUAAGGUUUUAUCCAGAUUUCAAAUCUGAUUUUCUAUCGAGAUAUAAAAAUUUUAUUCAACUGGUACCCAUGUUCUUUAACCCUUUCCAUACCAAGCCCCCUUUUUUUAAAAUUUCAUUUCAGUAUGUGUAAAUAGCACAUGUAAUGGAAACAAAAAUUUUGGUUGAACAGAAAAACUUUUACAAAUAAUGAAGAUAAACAGAAUUGUAAAUAUAUUAUAGUAUAAUUAUUAUAUAUGUUAUCACAUUGAUCCUGCCUAUAAGAUAUAUAACCCUCAUUCAGAGCUGUAUUUGCUAUAAUUCCACCGAGGCCAUGACCUUGGAUGGCCAGAUAAAUUCUUCUGCCGUGGGGGCCUACCUGACAGGUGAGAUCUCAGUAUUGUUUCACUGUGUUCUUGGGGAAACACUCUGAUACAUUUCCUCGUUCUUGCUGGAAGGGGGGAUCUGCAGCCAUCAGGUUUCCCUCUACCUGGCCCAAGUUAAUCAUUGGGUGGGGGGGCUGUGGGGGGAGGGGGGUAGUGGGGAUGGGAUAGACGGUAGGUUUUUGUUUUUCAAUCAAACAUUUUUUAAAUUUUAUUUAAAAAAGCAAACCAAUAUCCUCCACAGUGCAAUACCAGUCAUCCCACUAUAGUCUCUAUCUCCCUCAGCAUAGUCCCUGUCCCAACCACAACAGCCUCUGUCUACCACUACAGCACCUAUACCCCUUUUUCACCAAUCACAGCCCUUUCUCCCCUGAAAAAAACAAACUCAUAAAAACCACUGUCUCAACAAAAUGCACCCAAAGGUCCUAUUACCCUAGAAGGCACACAACAGUACCGAUUACCCCAAAAUGCACACUACAGUUCCUAUUCCAAGCACACAUACACUACAGACCCAAUUUUCCCAUGCAUACACACAACAGCCUCAAUUUUUCCCACACAUACUCUGCAGCCCAAUUCAUCUUCCCAAAACAAACAGUUUAGCACCCAUACAACUGUUAACUUCGCAAAUACAAACACUACAGCCACUAUUUACAUACUGCACCACAAACAGGCACAUCCACACAAACUGCAUCUCCUCCACGACCACAACCUUACAAACAGUUUCACCCAUAUACACAAACGCCAAAAGCAGCAUCCCCAGAAACGAGAAAUUCCACAAGUAGCCUAACCUUACAAAUGCAGCCACCCCACAAGCAGCAUUUUGACAAACCUUGCAUUAAUGCAUCCAGUUGCAUACCCCAAACUUUUGAAUAUAUGUAUGCGUUUUAUUAUUAUAUAUAUAUAUAUAUAUAUAUAUAUAUAUAUAUAUUGAACUGAGUAAAAAACUGGCAUUGGGACAGCAAGCAAAGUAAAUCUAGCCCUGCCCCCAUUGCAGCCAUGUUGCAUUGUUUGGCCUCUCACACUAAUACAUGCUUAUACAUAUACACACACUGAUACGUACGCUUGUGUGUAUGUAUGUGUGUGUGUGUGUGUGUGUGUGUGUGUGUAUGUGUGCACUCAUAGUCCAAACGUGUAGUUUAUUCAAAUGUUAUUCAUAAGAUGUCCCGAUCAAUGUUUCGACCCCUCAGGGUCUUUUUCAAGAUCAAAUAUACAGUGCAAUUAAAAAGUUUAACACGUGCGCGUUACGUGGUUGCUAGGUGACUGAUAAACAAAAGUGCAGUGUUAUUUCGUAACAGUGCUGUGCUAAAAGUUCGCGAGAGAGAAUUAUUAUUUAUUUUAUUUUUUUUAUUAUUUUUUUUUCUUCAAUGAAUGGAGGUGUCAGUUAUUUAUAAUCAACUUGACUCCCUGGGACGCCUUGGUGACAUAUAGUAAGAAGGGGAUAGUGCUAAGUGUUGAAUUAAUAGGCAUGCAAUGUGUCGAAAAUGUCUACAACCCAAAUAAUAACAAAGAUUAGUACCAAGGUUCAAUAGACUGUCAAAGGUGAUUUUCAUAUGAGUAUUAAUGUAUAGUUAAGGACUGGGUGCUGUAGUUUAUUCUAUAUAUAGAUUUAUGCACAUUUUCUUGCAGAGGGUUGAUAUUUAUAUCCAAUUAACGGAACCUUGAUUACGGUGAAUCACAACUAUAUACAGUCAUAUACAUAUCAGGCAAUGUUAAUGUGUCCAACAGAUUACUGUGUUGGAUUGAAACUACAAGAAGAAAUACACGUUAACGUGCCGACUAUAUACAUACCUGGUUAAAUGAGCAUGUCAUGAAAAGUGUGAGCUAGGUUUUCCCGUGUUUCAAAAUGGCAAUAUGUAUGUGCCAAUCUGUAGUCUAUACAGUAACUACGCAUUAAUGUCACUAUAUGUAAGUCUUACAAAAAAUAAAGACAAAUAGCUGCUGGCCGAUUUUUCUUAAUCGGUCCGCUAAUGGGGUUUGUGUCUUAUGUGGCAGGUACAUUAAAUGUGGGCACGGAAAAGCUGGAUCCAUAAACCAUAUUCUAACUAUUUACAAAAACAUAGAGUAAGAAAUGUAUUCAUUCAGUCCUUUGGGAACUACUGUGUCUAAUCGGUGUAUCCAAUAUGUUUCCCUUUGUAAGAGAAGUUUAGAUCUAUCGCCACCACUGGGAAAAGGUGGGAUGUGAUCUAUGGCCAUAAAUCAUAGAGUAGGAAGUCUGUGGGAAGUUUUUCGAAAAUGUUUUGUCCGUAUGUUGAUCCCUGAAGGCAGUCAUAAUACCGGAUCUGUGUCCUCUUAUUCGGUCUCUGAGUUUUAAGUCCGUCUUGCCGAUGUAUGAGAGUCCGCACGGGCAUGUGAUGAGGUAGAUUACAUGGUCCGUUGUACAAGUGAUACACUGAGAUAUUGGAAUUCUUUUACCACUAUGUGGAUGUGCGAACGUUGUUCCAGUGUUCAUGUGACUACAUGUCACACAACCGCUACAUUUGUAGCAUCCUUUCUUUUUGUGACCUCUUGGUUUUUGGUAACAAUUUAUUGGGUAACUCCGGAUUAAUAGAUCUUUUAAAUUUCUAUUUCUUCUGUAGCUGAUGAUUGGUAGAUUCCUAUCUGAACUUAAGACUCCCCAAUAUUUCUUGAUGGAUUUACAUAUGCAUGUAGUCCCUGUAUGAAAUGUAAGAGGAAGGUACAUUUUUGGUUUAUGGUUGGCUAUGGGUGGGUCAUUCUGCUCAGUGUUGCAUUUCCAUUUUUCAAUGGCUUUUUUUCUUGUCGAUUUCCAAAAUUCGAGGUUGGUAGCCUCUUUCCAAAAAUCUAUUUGUCAUAUCCUGUAACUGUCGCUCCUGAUUGGCUGAGUUGUUGUUAUAUUGGAGUACACGCAGUCACUGUGAUAUGGGUAGUGAGUCAUUUAAUUUUUGUGGAUAGUAACGUGUAGAUUGUAACACAGUAUUUCUAUCUUUGUCUUUCCAAUGGAGUGUGUAUCCCAAUCUGUUCUAUUCUCUAAAUACGGUCACAUCUAAGAAUUGUAUCUCAGUCUCCUUGUGUGUCAUCGUGAGUUUCACUGGGAGGGGUGAGGUAUUUAUUCCAUUCACCAUGUCUUCAAGUUCCAUAUGUGUGCCUGUCCAAAUAAAAAAUGCGUCGUCCACAAAUCAAUGGGAUGUGCGGAUGUGUUGUGCAUGUGGUCUUAGUAUAUGUUCUUCUUCGAAGAUAAACAUGUAGGCAUUGGCAUAAGAGGGUGCCAUGGCUGCCUUCAUAGCAGUACCUGCUAUUUGGAGAAAGAAGUGUUCUUCAAAUUUGAAGUAGUUGCAUGUUAGUGCAACAUUUAAAAGAUCAACCAACCAUCACCAACCAUAUCUGUUAAUUAUCUGAAAAUUAGAUAUCUUGGAUCUUCUCCAGGAAGUCACUGGUGUCCCAUAGACAAGUAUGUAGAUUUAUAAUUGAUUUUAUGAUGUAGUAAUAAAUGUAUUUAGCAAUUGGUUCUAGGAGACUGUCCCUGGCGGAGACAAUUGGUCUCCUAGGUGGGUUGUUGGGAUCUUUGUGAAUUUAUGGUACUGUGUACAGUAGCGGGUGUUUAGUGGUAUUGGUAUCCAAAUAGCCCAUUUGUAUUCCGAUUGCUUAUUCUUUCCUGGAACUUAGUGACUGGGUCAAAUGUGAGUUUUUGGUAAAUGGACUUGUCAGAUAGUUGUUGGAUAAUGUCAUUCCUGUAUUUUUCAUAUGUCAUAAUUACAAUUGCUCCCCCCUUAUUGACUCUGCGUAUGAGGAUUCUCGGAUCUUUCAUAAGGUCGUUGAGAGCAGUCUUUUCUAAACCUCUGAGGUUUUGUCUGUGGUCAGGUGGAUUUUUCAUCAUUUGAUCUUUAUCAAUUUUCAAUGCCUGCAUGAAAACCUCAGAGGUUGUCUUUUAUAUUUCACUGAGUUUUUUUUGUUUUUGUUUUUGUAGUUGGAUAGGGCUCCUUACUUUGUUAGUUUUGUGUUAGAGUACGCUGUAGUUUGUACAAUUCCAAAUCUGUUCUAAAGGUAUCAGGUUUGGAAACCAGGACCAAUAUUAGUCCUUUGGUCAGGACUGAAUAAUGAUGUUUGGUUAGUUCUCUCUAACGAACUUUUAGCACGGCACUGUUACGAAAUAACACUGCACUUUUAUCAGUCACCUAGCAACCACGUAACGUGCACGCAUGUACGUCAGGGUGCUCACGUGUCCCGCAUGUGCACUUCUGGGUUCGGAGGGAUGGAGCGCCACACACACACCUGUUUUGGUAAGCGAUCAUCACUAAUAUUGUAUUAAAAUUUUUUUAUUGCACUGUAUAUUUGAUCUUGAAAAGGACCCUGAGGGUCUACACACCCUGAUAAAUACACAUGCUAAUACACACCGAUAUUUCAGACACGCUCACUGAUAUUUAGUGACACAUGUUCUCAGACACAUACUGAUACAGAGACAUAUAUGUACACUCACGAUACCAAAAUAUACUGUCAGACACAUACGCACAUAUACCUGCUGCCAGAAACAAUGUCACACAAUUACUCUGAUAGUGCAGUGGGGACUGUCAUUACAAGUGCUCUUAUUCCAGUGUGAGACUGAUGUCACUGCUCUUCUCUGCAAGCUACCCUCCAGUAUCCUUCUUCUCUGUGAGGUGGGUGGCUGGCUUCUCUCCUUGCAGCCCUCAUCAGUCACUACCCGUUACUGACUUGCAUUUAGAAGGCUGACUUUUUUUCCCCUGGAGCUCCCUUUCAGCCACCCUAGAUUGGCUCUGUGUGAGGGAUGGUAACUGUCCCCGCUGCUCUGCCAGCAGCUGCUGCCCAACUUGAUUCACACAGAGCACUGACAGGCAGGGAGAACAAGCUGCUGGACACUUCCCAGCUCAUUCUUCCUAGACUUCAGCAUUAUCAAGAAGGUCAGGCUGCUUAUCUGUACCCUGCUCAACCCUCUUCUCAGAAUGCUGGAGCUGCCUGCAGGAUGAACAGAGCUGAACACAGUGAGUGAGUUAGUCUUUUUGUGUUCAGCUCUCUGAAGUUCACCACAUGGCUGCUGGUGCCGCUACGCUACGAACUUAUGGGCACUGCAAAUAGCAUAAUUUGCAAACAAACUAUUUUGCAGGUAUGCAUGCUUACUGUGGCAUUUGUAGGGUUUAAGGGUUACUCCAAGAAUCCUCAUCACUUUAGCUUUCUGUAAUGGUUAUGAUGCAAUGUGUACCCUGGAGCUCUUUCCUGAGCUAAACUCAAGAGGCAGGUAAUUGUCCAGAGCUACUGCCAAGGGGAGGGAUUGCAAAGGCUUCAGACAAAAAAUUUGCAGUUUAUGCCAACUGUUUUUAGCUAUGCCACCAGUGUGAAAAAAAAAAUCACAAUUAAUUGCAUACAUAUUUUAAUUGGAGGUAUAUCGCCUAAAUAGUAUUUACAUUUUUUUAAUUUGGGCAUGAAGUGACCCUUUAACUCCUCCUCGUCAAUAACAAGAGUGUGAUUAAACAAUUUAUAAACCCUUUUUACACUGUAAAUUCCCUUCCAAGCACACUUUAAAAUGAGAGAAAUCAGAGUACAUAUUGUUCCCUCCAAAUUUAUUUUCUGGGAUGACAAGGUUGCACAGAGAAUUAACCAUGUCGACUUUAUAGUGUGAUGUUUUCAAAUGGGUUUUGGACUGCUAUGGCAUAUUUGCUCUCUGAAGCCCUUCUCUCUACUCUGUAUUCGAUAUGGUCUGAAAAUGUAAUUUUGUUACUCACUAAAUGCAGCUCAAUAUGAAAAUGGAGAUAACCCCUAAAUUGCAUGUACAAUUAAGGAAAAUUUUGUGGUUUUUUAGGCAGUAUACUUUAAUGAACUAGAUAUUAUUUAUUCCAUAUACUUUAUUUAUUUAUUUUUAUUUUAUAUUUCUGCUGCAUAAAUCAUUGAGGCAUUUUCUAGGGAUUUUUUUUUCUAGGGCAAUUUUUCGUACCCAGUAUUAUAAAAAGAAUACUCAUCUCAUUAUUUCUGUAGCCUAUACUCAUCUGCGGUAUCUUCUUUCAUAUUUCAAUGGACAGUGUGUGUAUUUUUAAGUACAUCAGUUGCUACAAUUUUUAUUUUGCAUGUUUCUGUUCUAAAAUUAGAAUGUGGUUGGCAUUCUCUGGUCAUACAUGAUCAUACAUGAUUCAUUGGUCUUUGAUUUUUUUUUUUAAAUAAAGGAUGUUGGGAUGUCAGGAAAAAAAAUUCUCUUUGUGUUUCAUGUCUUUUUGUUUUGUAAAGGUUGCCCUAUGUAGAUCUACUCUUUCUUUAUAUUCUGGAAAAUUGUGUCUCUGUGAGAAGAAUGUGAUUUGGAGCCUCUGGUAUUCACGUCAUGUUCCUAUAAAAACAUUCCUCUUUGGUCUCAAUCUUUCACUCAGCCCUUUAGUUUGCAAAUUCCAUUAUUACUGCCCCAACUAAAUACAAUGUAAUUGUGUGUAUAUGUAACAGGGCUUUAAAGAAGGUUUUGGUGAAAUCAAAACAUGGUAACACUCCCCCGAUCUAAACUGGUUCAUAAAAAUGCAAUAUUCACAAGACAGAUCAUGUCCCCAAGUAAUUCUGACACAAUGUUCCACUGUUCUCCCAGAUUGCAUUGCUGAAAAUGCAAUUAAAGGACCACUAAAGUAAUCUAGACCACUUCAUCUUGAUGAAGUGGUCUGGGUGCAGUGAUUCUGAAUGCCUCAUAUUAUAUUGCUUGAAUACAUGCCUCGGUGUAUUUGUGUACGUACCUAAAUUAAUGGAGUCAGCUGCAAAUUGUAAGUUACACUACUCUUGGUGGUACCCGAAAAUGGCAGCGAUUGCCUGGGAAAGUGACUUCCAUUAAAACAUGUGUCUUUUGGUGCUCUGCUAACAAACUGCCAAGGUGUGUCUAUGUUUUUGUGUUUGCCUAACCCUCUUUAAAAAAAAAAAAAAAAUUAAAAAAAAAAAAUGAAGAUACAUGCCUUGGCGGAAAUGUUCCAUGUUUGAAUUAAGCAUUGGUUCCCUCAUUGCUAGGAUCUAAUUUUGUUUUUUGGAGUGGUAUCUCCCUAAAUCCCCAAUACAGAUUUAUGUAGACCCCAUUGAGGUAGCAGUGAGUGCGUCUUUGUAUGCAUUUAUUUAUUUGCAUUUUCACAGCUGAUCUUCAUCUGUGAGGUGGUGGUGAGAUAAAGAUGGUAUUAUAUCUGCAGUGGUCAUUUUACAUUGCUUAGAUUGGAAAACUAAAUUUUAUCUGUAUAAAAAAAAAUGGUCACAUUAAGCACUGCAUUAUUUUUAUCUUGUUAAAUUAGAUGUUUUGGCAAAGAAUUCAAGAUUUUCUGUUAUCUAUAAAAUGUUUAACUGAACUGCUCGAAAAGUUCCCAUGAGGUGGACAUUCUUUAUUGGCAAUCUCUAAUGAUUAGAGUCUCCUCUAUGCCUCCAGGAAAUUAAAAGUUUUUUUAAUAGCAGUAUCUUCAGCCUUGUUAUUUAUGGUUUCGUAGUGUUUUGAUCAGAGCCAGCUGUUGUCUAGAUUUGGUUAGCAAUCCAAUUUCUAUGUUUUUUUGAAGCAUUUGAUUUAUCAAGCAGAUAUGUUAUAUGACACUUUAAUAAAAUAACUCCAGAAUGUAACAUGGGGUUUUCCGUUUUUUUAACAGCUUGAUAAAUCUAGCCCAAAAUGUUCUGUUAUUACCAUUUUUGGUCCAUUAACUAAAGCUGCUUUGUUUAAUGUUUUACAUAAAGAACAUUGUAAACAUUAUUAGAUUGGAAUUGGUAGCGAUGAUUGUUGAUUAAUGAAUGUUGGUUUUCAUAGAAGAAGAUCCUGCAUUUUAAGUAGAUUUUGAAACUGUUAUAGUAGUGGUUAUGGUGGGAAAGAGUCCCCUGCUAUCUUCCUCCAGUAAGUAAUCAAAGUAUUUUUUUUACUUGAUUUCUGAUCUGGGUCCUCCAGUUGCCUCUAGUUUGACCUUUUUUUGAACCCACGUACACGGAAGUUCAUACUAUGAAAAUGUAUCAGGGUUAUUCCUUAAAUGAACUGUAGGCAAUUUAAAAGAAUGUUAAAUUUUACGCCAAACUGAUAAAUAGUGUUUUUUUCACUUUUUGUGCCACCAAAUAGUUGAUGGAAAGGAUUAUUGGCAAUUACCUCCGUUUUCUGUAUAGUUAAUUUCGGUGUGGAUAAAUCCUACAGGAAGCAAUAGCCUUAUUUUGCUAAGGGAAAAAAUGGAAGACUGAAUCAGAAUUUGCAGAGGCACAAAACGUGUUAGGAAAAAUACUAAAACUAUAGGGAAGGGGGGAAACCUGUUCACAAGCCUGUUGGGGAUUGAGCUAAGACCCUUUCAAUUUAUAAAGUUAUUUUAUUGCUUGUUAUUUGCUUGACAUAUGCAAUCAUUAAACAAUUGCACAUCGCUCACACCAUCUGAAUAUGCGUAUUUGUAAUGACAACCUUAAACGGACACUCCAAGCAUCAUAAACAAUGUAACAUGCUGUAUUGGUUAUGGUGCCAGGAGUGCCUUGGCACCCUACCAGGGUAAUUUAUCAAACCAUUUUUAGAACGGUUUUGUCCCUUAGCACCCGCAUCACAUCUGGCUUCUCUGGCAGGCAAAGUCAGAUGGCUGCAUUGAGCUGAAGCAAGUCUAGCACAGGUUCAUUCUUUUUGGCGGAAGACACUCAGUUGACCAUGUCACUUAAUGAUUGAGGACAUGCUUGGUUCAGUGGAGCCAACUGGAUUGUCCAUGCAAGAGAAAUGGAUAUAUGGCCUUGGCUGCAGGCACUCGAUGCAACCCAAAUAAUUUGUCAGAUUUUUCUAACACAGUUUGAUAAAUUAGUCUGGGAGAGGGUAAGGGCACUCUUAGUAUCAUAACCUCUACACCCACUUGUAGUGUUUCUGAUGAUUGGUGUGUUUUCUAAAACACGAUAUUUAGAUUUUUCAGGUAGACAGGCAGGCUUAAAGGGUGUUGGAGAACAUUUUUGUCAACUUGUUUUAAAAUAAUUUGACACACAAAAAACCAAACAAACAAAUACAAAGUUCAGUCCACAUAUUCUCCUUGCAGCAUAAACUUUGCAAUAAUGUGCAGUGUUUAUGGUGCUUAAAACUUGAGUUUCAAUUUCUGAAUUUUCUCUGGAAGACCAUCAAGUGGAUCAAAGGUGUAUCUCAUACAAAUAGUUAUUUAAAAACAAUCUAGAUCUGAGUCCUAUACAAAGUUGUUUUUUUGUUUGUUUUGUUUUUUUACACUUUUUUUUUUAGCACUCUCAUUGUAAAUAUUAAGUGUGCAGAAUAAGCUCUAAUUUUACAUCAUUUGGAUGUAAUUCGGGAAAAUACAAACUAACAUGGACAUUUUGUAUACUGAGAUUUACAUUUAAAUGAGCCAAUGUAUACUGGACGCAUGGUAAAUUAAUAAAUGUUUAAAACCAUCUAAAACACAUAUUGUUUGCAUGAUCUUUCAAACCAUCCUGUACUUUAUUCCAACAACACUGAAUGCAAUUUUAUUCCAUUAUUUUAAUUUUAUCUACCUUAACAAAAUAAGUUCUCCAACUUGGCACAUUGGCUUUUUUCCUCCUAUAUUAUUUUUGUUUCUCUAGUUGAACGAAGGCUGUGUUUUAUUAAAUGAAGAAGCAGUUAUGUGACAUUUUGAUGGAAAGUGCAUUCAUGUCUUCUACUGGCUGCAGUUGAGAUUAGUUCAAUAGACGGAUGUAGGACAAUGACUACAACCUGCAGAUUUUGUUAAAAUAAAAAAAAUGUAAAAAUCCAAUCUAAUAAUCUAGGGAAAAAUGAUAGAUGUGCAUUAGCAUUUUUGUCAUGCUCUACUGCUAUACAAUUUAGUCACCCAUCUUCCCUGAUUGAUGGUUUUCGAGGGGCUAAGCAAGUAGUCUGGUCAAGAUUUUCGUAUGGCUUUAGACAUUUAAGACAUGCUUAGCCUGCUAUAACAGGGUUUGUGAAGUCCAUCAUUGGUUUUGCAAUUGUCUAUCAGAUACUAAUAUCUUAACAGACCAUAUUAUUGUAAAGCGCUACGGAAUCUGUUGGCGCUAUAUAAAUGGCGGUAAUAUUAAUAAUAAUCUAAUGGUAACGUUGGACCUCUUGCAACUGGUUGUUUCCCUGACAGGUAUAUCUAUAGCUUCAUAGUACUAAACAGGGCAUGCUCUCUCAUUUGGUCAGGAGUUGAGUUAUGUCAUCUGAAAUUGUGAGAGCCCAACAAAUCAUUUUCAAACAUCUUUACACUUCAACAGCUGCCACUGAUUGCCUGGAAGCUCUUAUCAAAAUAAUUAUGUCUGAUGCCGCAAAGCGAAAAAUGACCACCUCACAACAAAGAUGUAAACAAGGAAUUUUUAGAAACAACCUGGUCCUACUUCUUUAUGGGUGUUCUACAAAUGUUACCAGCGAAGAUUUAACAUUUGAUGGGUCUAUCUCUGCCAUAUGAUUUAGCAUUAUACAGUUUAUUCCUGUACAAUCCAUGGCAACACAGAUUAUUUUAGCCUUAUUGUGUUUCAGCCAUGGAUAUAUCCAGUUUAAAUCAAUGAAAAUCACAUUUUGAUUGGCAACAUUUUCCUUUUUCUGACACACCAGUCUCGAGUUUUUUUGUUUUUCCCUUGGUAGCCGAUAUUGCACAGGACAGACAAUAAACAGGAAUUCAGUUACCUCAUAACUAACCAAUGUGAGUCUGUCCAUUGUGUUUACUAAUAAACAAAAUCGUUUUUGCUUUUUUCCUGAUACAAAGCUUGACUUGCUUAAUUACCCGUACAAUGCGUAACCAAAUUAAAGAGCUUGAAAUUAAAAAGGCAAUUGGUUCCAAGAUAAAUAAGAUCAGUUUCACUAAUCAUUCUUGCCAAUGGUUUGUUUUAGCAUGUUUCUUUGAAAGUACAUCUUGCUAUACCUGCAAAACCAAAUUGUAUGUGACAAAGGCUGCGUUGGAGUUAUUUAAAUCUUCAGAGGUUGAUCGUUGCAGAACAGCAUAUAAUGCACUUAGUUUCUUUAACUUUAAUGAGAUGUACACCAUUAGCUGGGCUAGCGUAAAAUGGAUAAAUCCUGGUAUGAUAGGAGAAUGCUUUCCAUGUUUUGAGGUGAAUUCUUCUAUUUGCUGAUGCACUGAGUGAGUAGGUAGUGCAAUCAAUCCUAUGAGUUAUGAGCUUUUUGCACCGGAAGAUACCUUGUAUAUUGCUUGCGACAGACAAUUUUAUUUAUGAGGGAUUUUCUGCUUAUAAAUAAUGGUACAGAUGUUACAAGGCCUGGCAGACAAAUGCCAUUGCUAAUGGAUAUGUAAGGAUCAGAGUUUAAAUCUUGCCUUUUCUGACUCCUACAUUAAAAUGCAACUCUGUGUCAGCAAGCGGUUGUAGAAUUUAUUAAGACAAUGUGGCGAUGUGGCUUAUUCAAAGAAUAUCGCUAAAUUGAAUUUGUUGUUCUGUGUUCCACAUCAAAUUAAAACCGUGACAACUUGUCUGAUUCAAUGAUUAACUUUAAAAAAAAAAUGUAAAAAGUUAUCCACAGCUCAAGUUCCUUCUAUGUAUUGGAAGCCUGAGCAGGAAAUAUUUUGUAUAUAUCAAGGGAAGCAUAGAGUCUGCACAGCAGAAUAACAUAUUAUUAUACUUUAAUUCCUUUAGAUAUUUAAAGGACCACUAAAGUCACCCAGGCCACUUCAUCUCAAUGAGGUGGGGUGGUCCUCUCUUGUAACCCUGUAAUGUAAAGAUCUCCCCCCCCCCCCUUUUUUUCCCCUUCUUUUUUUUUAGUUUUAUGGGUUAUGUCCACCUUAUAUCUAAAUGAAGUUGUUUUGGUGUCUGGAGUGUUCCUUUAAGUAGUAGAGGUACUAUGGUAUUAGGAAUAGACUGCUGAAAGCUUACACUGAGAGUACAUUUUUAUAUAGUAUUUUUUAUUAAUUGCUGUAUUUUUGAUCAGAAGCCAACUGUGGUUCACUUUCUUUGUAUGCGCAUUGUGCAGUGAUAAUACAUUUAAAUCUGGAUCUAGGUGGCAAAGAGACGAGGGUCUUCAUCCCAACUGAACUUUUAUGGCAUUCCCAGCAUAUAUUGACUUUAGCCUUUAACAGCAAUGUAUACAAGCUUAAUUGGUUAAACAGAAUAUCUUUAAAGAAAAAAAAAAAAGCCUUAAACUAUAAUGGUUUGCCCUCUUACUUGGAUACCCAUCUUAAAUAUUAAAAAUGCAAAACAAAACAAACAAACUGAUUAAAUCAAUUUUAUAUCCACUCUAAGGACUCUGGCCAAUAAUGACCAAAAUAUACAAUAUUAUUAUAUUAAUUUGCAACCCCUUAAGACCUGUAGUCCUAAUACUUCAGGGCCACACUAUCUGUAACAAAUUAUGCGGCCAGAGCAUGACAAAUAUAUAUGUUUGUAGUUGCUCCCCAGGGCAAAAGGAGUCAGGCCCUCCACCAGCUACACCAGUAAAAUGGAGACAUAGGCUGGGUUUUGUUUUGCACCACAACCUAUAUAGCAAUUCUAAAUAGUUAUGAUGCAUGGAGUGUCCAUUUUAAAAGAGCACAGUUUUUUAUUUUUUGUAUUUUAUAACUCAACACCUCACUCAGUCCUCACUAGCAUAUUUCUGAUACGUUUUCUAGGGCCUUGUGUUGAGAUAUUAGGGGUGUCUGGAAAAGAUUCCAUUUUCUUUGUUCUUAUGGAGAUGUCUGAAUAUUUCUGACUUUGUUGCCACAGACCCCAGUAUCACGGUUGCAUAUUUGUAUGUGAGGAAGUUCCAUAAUUUACAUGGUAAGUAUUCUGCUUAAUUGAUAGCUAUUUAUAGAAGCUUUUUGUUUUCUUAAAAUACGUUGGUACUUUCGCACGAUGGGUGUCCUUUUAGCAUGUUUCCAUCCUUCAAAGUGCCAGCAAAAAAUAGGACAAUUAUUGAUGUUCAAUAACCUCGAGUCCGACUGCUUCCUCUUUAUCUCUGUGUUCAUAAGUCCCAGAUACAGUACAAACAUCUCUUCAUCCGCAGUCCAGCAGCCACAGCUGGAAACAAAAUCUACAUUGAUACACUCAUUUAGUAUUAUGUGUUUUAAACUCUCCAGAGAAUCCAGGAGCACACUGCAGUGGCCGUUAAGGGGAUUAAUCUGAAAUAAGUAAUGGAAUACUGGAUUAGCGUUCUAGUGAUAUGUAAAACAGAGCAUUUUUCCCCCCCACCGCUAAAUGAAUUGCUUGCAUGUUUGGUAAAGGAAUGCAGUGUAAAUCAUAACUAAAGCACCAUAUAAUGUAACACAUCUCCUUGAGGUAGAUUAAGAAUAGUUUUAAUAAUGACAUGUACAAAUCUUUUGCCUUAAAAGGCUGCUACUUGACUUCCCCAUAUAACUCUGUAACUGUCUUCCAACAGCAGUUUUUUAUUUUUGUUUUUUCCCGUAUUUGCUUUUAACAAUAUUUAAUAGACCAUUAAAGACACCAGACAACUUUGUCUCAAUGAAGUGGUCCUUCACGUUUAAUCCUGCAAUGUAAAGUAUUUCCAUUUAGUAGAUAUGGCAAUGUUUGUUUGCUUACAUUGCAGGGUUAGAUACUCCUCAAGUGGCUGUCUUCCUAUAAGCCAGUAGAGGAAAGUCUGCAGUGAGAACUUGCCUCUAGUGGCUGUUAAAUUCUGUUUUCACUGCUAACCUCAGUUUUAUUGGAUGAUCAUGGAGUAGGUAUGAUGUCUGAAGGAGGAGGAUCAAACAGCUGCAAAGACUGGAUUUCAGAACAAGAAAAAAGGUGAGUAAACCACAAUGUCUCGGUGGUAGGCCACUACUUGCUUGCCUGUCUAGAACUGAAGGUUGCACAGGAUAUUAGCCCUGUCAAUCUCAACUACCUUUUGUGGUAUCUCCAAUCUGGAGUUGGGUAGGUCCAACCCAUAUUAUGUGCAGAUGUUUUAGAACACAAUCCCAGCAACUUGCUGUUCCUGCUAAAAUCUUGCAACUAUGUGCUGGUUUGCCUCAGAGGUCUCUUUGCACAGUCUGCACCUUGGGUUUUGCCUUGUGUUGUAGACCCCACUUCUAUCGAUCUGGUGCUUAGUGCCUGUUCCUACGCUAAAUGGCUUUAGUGCGGUCUUUCAAUCCUGCAUAUUCCAACCACUGGAUUUUGUCACGAGAGCCACAUCCACUAUCUCCUGUGGAGUGGUUUGUCUUGCCAUGGAACCUCAUCAUUGUCUGCAUCCUCUAUCUGAUGAAGUUUCAGAAUAUAAAUAUAUAUAUAUAUAUAUAUAUAUAUAUAUAUAAUAUAUACACACACACACACAUACCCACACAGUGGUGUACAUAAGAUCCAUGGGCCCUCCCCUACCAUUCACCUCCACCCAGGAAAUCCCAUUUACAUGCCUCCCAACAGUCCCACUUGAUGCGGGACAGGACAAUUUUGGUUGGCAAUCCUGCUGUCCUGCCAAGCUCUAUCUGCGUGAGGUAUGUACAUAUACAUUAUAUUUAUAUGCCCUUAUAACAAUGCAGAAAUAAUGAUGCAUACAUACUGCACCAAAAACAAGGGAAGGGGGCUGCACACAGGAGGGGGUUGUACAGAGGGGGAGGGGGGAGAAGGGGUUGCACAGAGGGGGGGAGGGAUUUUCACACACAGGGGAGAAGGGGUUGCACAGAGGGAAAAUGCACACAUACACACAUACAGACACUAACACACACACAUGCAAAAUGUUUGUCACCCUCCUAUUACCUAUCUUUUAGGUGCAAGAGGGUGACUUCCCUGGGGUCCAGUGGCUCAGGCUGAUAUGAGUCCAAGUUCCCACUCUAACUCCCUCCUCUCCUUCCUCCUCCCGCGCGGCUCCUGGUGGUUGCUGGGAGGAAGUGACUGGGGCAGUCACUUCCCACCAGCAUUUGACAUCAUCAGAGGGGGCCCUGUCAUGCUGUUAAAGCGCAUCACUCCCUGGGCCCCUUGGAAAUUCAUUUCCAUUGGGUGGCCCUAACAGCAUGGGCCACCUGAUGGGCCCCUCCAAUCCCGGUGGUUAAACUGCGUGGGCCAGAACCGCAAAAAACAUGGCGGCAGGCACCCAGUCGCAGGGGUCCGCAUGGCGGCUGGGCUCCCUGGAGUGAGGCACUGGUUGCAGCUGCAACCCCUGUAUGUAUGCCACUGUGUGUGUGUGUGUAUAUUAUAUAUAUAUAUAUAUAUAUAUAUAUAUAUAUAUAUAUAUAUAUAUAUAUAUAUAUAUAUAUAUAUAUAUAUAUAUAUAGAGAGAGAGAUAUCUCAAAGAUUCCUUGCACUCGCGCUCUAAAUACUGUUUGCCGGGUGCUUGAAACCAAGGAAAAAGAUAUAUCCAUACAGAAUUGUGAUCAGCACUCACUGUCCCCAUCCAGGACUUUUUAUUAGGAUCAGACAUCAGAUCCUGGUGAGAGUCCCAAAUGAGGACUGAAACGUUGAUCGAAUCUUAAUACAUCUUCAAUAAAGAUUGAAAGAUAUGGAGAUAUAUCUCUUUAACAGAGGAUAUUUUAUAUCACAAUACCUAAACUAUUCAUAUUUGUAAAAAUCUCUCCACAGAUGUAUCUCCUAUCAUCUAUUCCCUGAACUCAAAUAUAUAUAUUUUUCCCCAACUAUUCUCUGUUUUGUAACCAACAAUUUUCUAAUCUGCCAAUCUUUUACGUUAUUUUACAGAACCAGAUUGUCAGUCUAUUACCUUCUAAUCUCUUGACUAGUUCAUAAUGUAAAUCACUUCUUUGAUACCCCUUAAGUUCUUUAACUACUGUGAUUAAAUUCUUUGCUACUGCUGUUUUACUCCACCCCCAUUAUCUAAAGAUAGAAGUCUCCAGACUACCAGACAUCGCAAUUGCCUUAUUUGUUCAAUUUUACAGUAUUCUAGCAUUGAAUUAUUUGAAAAAGUUCUGGCACAGAAUUGCGAAAUACUCAAAUAUGUCUUUUAAUUCAUACGAGAGACUAUGUGUUUUUACAUCCCACCACAGAAUGUUUGUGUUUUGUCGAUAAACGGAAAACAUUCCUACGUAAUUAUUAAAAUGACCUAAAGCUCAUUUGCCACCUUUUUGCUUUUUAGUGACUGCAUGUCUGGGCAGUGACACAAAAACGUACCAAUUAACAUACAAUUCCUGGUUAGUCACGCUUGCUUUACAGCGUGCUAUGGCUGUUGACGGGUUUCAAAGGGCAUUAGUCAUUGAUUGUCUAAUCAUUUAGAGCAGAAAAUAAGUAGAUCUGCUAUGUAAAGUUUGUUUUGGCAAAACGUAGGGUUCCGAGCAUUUACUGCUACAUUCUCUGUGAAAUGCACAUUCCGUGUGACCUCAGAUGUCAGUGACUUGAGAAACUUGCAGGAGGUCACUAGAUGUUUAUAGAACAACCAUUGGCACUGUAGCCUGCUGAAAUAUUUCUCUUGUUUUAAUAUGUAAUUAUUCUGUUCCAAUUGACUAGGCAAAUGAACUUCUUUCUGUGUUACAGAUUCAGAAUAAUUGGGGGGAAACAGCCUUGUUUCAGCACAUUCUGAGCUUUUUUUUUGUUUAAAGAAGUUCUUAUGUAUGUCUAACUAUGGAAUGUCUGUUUUUAAACACAGGAACUUCCAGAGGGAAGGAUUAGAGGGAAAGGGACCACAAAUGCUUUUGUAACUUAAAUAAGUUUCCAAUGAUUUAGGGAGUCUUUAAAUAUUUUUAUUUUUUAAUUUGGCAGUGCAGUGUGAUAGUGAAUAAUGUCUUAGAUUGUCAGUUGAGUGAUGUUUGUCUUUUUAUAUUAGAAUGUUCAAGCAGAUACAUUUUUAGAAACAUUGCUUUCCUCGUUAAUCAAAAUCGCUAAAUCAGUAAUUAUGGGAAUCGAUAAGGGAAUUUUAAGUCUUAUAUUAAAAUAGCCAAAUUGGAGAAAAUUGUAAAAAACAAAACAAAAAAAACCCUGUAAAUUCUAAACAAAACAUUUUUUCCUUAAAAGUUAAAUUUUCUCGUUAGUUCAACUGACUAGUUAGUGAUACUUCCUGUCAUUUCCUCUUUCACCUCGGCUGAAUGACAGCUAAUCAGUAGAUUAACUUAUUUACGUUUGUAAGGAAGGUGGUAAAAAACGUUUUUAAUGAAUUACUGUAAGUCAUUCAGGAAGAAGGCCUUUAUACACCUCUCAUUGGUCAUACUUUUGUCCUGGCAUCUGCAGUUAGAAAUUAAAUAGGUAAACUCCAGGCGAUUUGAUCCCAGUGCAUUAAAGUAUGAUAUAAAAAUCUUUAGAUACUUAUUGUUAGAGGCUAAUGCAUAUGUUGCAAACCCUCAGGAUUUGCAUAUGCUAAUGUGAGUCCACCCCUAACUAAGAAACUGAAUUCUUAGCCAAUCCUAGUCAUCCCUGUGGUUUCCGUUUGCAAAGCAUAUGCUUUUAUUUCCUGCUCUAGUCGUUUGGCAACUAGAAUGUUCAUGUAGCAGCUGGAACCAGACUAAGAAUUGUCAAAGCCCGGGGAUUUUGUAUUGCAGUGUAAUACAUUUGGGUACGAGAUUGAUGUCAGAUGGGAUGUGGCAGGCGAACGUUCCACAUUUUUCUGCUGAUCGCUACGUUUGCAGAAGUUUUGCUGCCUCAGCAUAUUCUUUGUUUUUAUGAUCCACACAAGUGUGUCAGAAUGACAGCCUUCCUUCAGUUUAUGAAACCAUCUCUCUGCCGUAGAAUGCCCCUCAAACCAUUACAAUUUGUAUUUACUGCAGUGUAAACUCUGCCAUCAUGGUCAAGAAACAGAAUUGAAAAUGAAACCUCAAGUCAGAUUUCUUGUGGUUUUUAUUUUAUUUUAUUUUUUAUGAAGGCCAUUUAAAAAAAAAAAAAAAAGUAUAUUUUUUUUGAUUAGAGUCUGCUUAAUUUUUUAAAAAGUAGAGAAAACCUGUAAAAUAAGUGGUAAUAUUGGAGUUAUCAAAUCUAAAUUGAUGGGAUUCAUUACCAUCUCUUUUCUUUGACCAUCUCUGGCAGUCAUUUUAGUUUGGAAAAAAUUUAAGUAUUUUUUUUUAAAUAAAAGCAUAUGAAAUGGUACAAUUAAUGAAGUGACAUAUGACUAUAUUCAUACAACUUUUAAAACAAAAUUGAUUAAUAAAAUGUUCAAGUUAAACAUAAGGUGGACUUGGAAUUUAAUGCAAAAGUUAAUGGGAAGAAAAUAGAGUAUAUAAGGUAAAAAAAAUUGUACACGUUUCUCCUGUUUAACAACAGAAUGCUCAGCAUUGACCUGUAGUUGAUGAGAUUAUUCCCUUUUCCAGAUAAAUUCACUUCUCUGGUCCAAAGCAUAUGUUAAAGGAAAACGCAAAGUACCAUAACCAAUACAGCUCUCUGUAGUGGUUAUAGUGCCAUCCAGGACUGCCUUGCCUCCCUACCCUCCACCUGUAAGUAGUCAGACCAUUCUUGAAUGGUUUGACCUCUUACCUGGUAUCAUCCAGGCACUGCUCCCAACCUCCACUACUACCGCUAGAAAGCCAGAGCCUGCUGUGUGAUCACCUGAUUACACCGAGCUGCAGUGGUUAUGAGGCUUGGAUGGUUCAUUUAAUGGUUAAUGAGCAUUCGGACCAUGUACUACUUUGUGUAAAUGCAUAAACUGUUGCUACAUUAAGAUUUUGCUGUACCUCCACCUAAAGGUACAAUAAAAAUGGCAAUUCUAUAAUCGCAAGAUAAUUUGGCCUUCCUAUGUGAAAUGACUAACUUGGCGAUGUUUCAACCUCCACUUUGGUCUUCGUCUGGAGUCUUGAGAAAGACUUCAGUGGGAGCCACAACGUUGCCAAGUCAGUCACAAGACUGAUUAAAAGGUAAUCCUUUCGCUAAUACUAAGCAUCUCAUUGAAAUUACCAUAAUCCAUUUGGGGGUCUAUAUUAAGUAAUGGCGUUUUACCAACAAAUUAUAACUUGCUUUAUAUAUCAUUUUACAAUCAUUCUCACAGUAGUACACCACAGCUAUAAAUGUGAUCCCUUGGUAUGUUUAUUGCAGACCUUAUUAAAAACUCUAACAAGAAGAGCAUGUGAAACGCUCAUUAUUUAUAUAUUGGCAGGCUAUGCUAUACCUCCAAAGUGUGGGACUUUUCCAUAUUUCCUUUGGAGAUUACAUUUUUUUCCCCUUAGCAGUCCAUCAGCAGAUGUGGUUUCCAUGGAUGUUUUAGUCACUGGAGCUUUUUGUCACCCAAGUGUUAAUGAUAACAUCUGGGAAAAUAGUUUAAUUGUUAACUUAUUGGCUACUCUAAAACCCUUUGCACACAUUUGAUGUGUAUAGUAUCUCCCUGCCUGCAUUUUAAUGUAAGCAUUACCUUUUCAGGGAAAAGGCAGUGUUUGCAUUGCUGCCUAGGGACACCCCAUGUGACAGUCACUCAGAUGGCCAAUAGAGGUGCUUCCUGGGUCAGUGCUGCAUAGUGUGCAGCACUGAUGUUUGGCAUCUCCCCACUCUGCAUGUAGACACUGAAAACUCCCCAUAAAAAUGCAGAGAUACAAGAUUCAAUGCAUCUCCUCAUUUUGCUGCACUUGCAUAAAGGCCUCUCAAUGCUUUCCUAUGAGAAAGUAUUGGAUUGGUUGAGAUAAUCAAAAUUUAUGAUCUUCGCCAAAAGACGUAGAGUGUGGAUGGGGCCAGCCAUGACGAGACCUGAUGGGGAAAAAAGGUAAUCUACCUUUUUCAUGGGGGGCAGGGGGUAGGCAAGGGGUGCUAGACACCUAGAUUUGUAUUCCUGACACUUUAGCGUUCCUUUAAAAUGUGCUGGUGAAACCUAGAUGCACUAGGACAGUACUAUGUCCUAUAAAUAAAUGAAAAAAGUAUGACUGACUACUAUUCUACCUAUGAUGAAUGCUCCUUGUGUGUAAUUUAAAAAAAAAAUGUAAAAUAAUAUUUUAUUAUAUAGAAAAUGAAACAAUCGAACAAACCGCGAGGAGGGAGGGAUUUGUCAACCCAGAGUCUCCCCUCCAUGUUCUUCUGUAUAAAGUAUUAUGCAGUAUUUGUGAUACAGCUAAUUAGAAAAUAAAAGGAACUUCAUAUAAAUUCUUUUAGUAGUACUUUUUGAUAAACUACUUAAUUUGAAGUCUUUUUUGCUUUAGGUGCCGCAAUACUUUAGGUUUAUUCACAUUUAUUUAUAGAGCUGCAUGUAGAUUUUUCUUUUACAUUUUUUUUUCAUUUUAAUCAUAUGGUUUUUCUGAUGACGUUUUCUAAAGUACUGAACUAAGCUCAGCUGUUUAAGUGUUGCUUAUUUAAAGUAAAGGCAUUGUCAGAAUGAUUAAAUCUGUUGUUUUAAUAUGCGUGUUUUUAUUUAUAAAGAGUCCUGAUGAAUAUGAUGAAGAUGAGGCAGGCCAGAAAGAACGGAAGCGGGAGGAUACAGUUACCCAGGAAAACACAGUACAGAACGAGUCAUUCAACAUAGAACAAAGUGAUGCUUAUUUACAACAGGUUCGUUUUUAUUUUAUUAGAUUUUAUAUAUAUAUAUAUAUAUAUAUAUUGUACAUUAUCUAUUGUAAUACCUGCUGCUCAAAUUAUUUGUAUAUUCGCUAAAUGCAAUGUUAGACAUAGCACAAUGACAUGGGAUCUGAAUGAUAAUAUUUGCACAAUAAGAAAAUUAUUUUUUUUCUUAUCCAAAAUGGGUCUGGAAUAUAAUCUUUUAACCCUACAAAAUCCCUAUGCUUUUAUAUUUCUACAGUUGUUUAAAAGUCAUCUGACUACAAAAACCAGAUCAUAUGCGCAUUAAACAAAGUCUCCUAGAUCUGAUUUGGCAUCUGCAUUGUAAAAUGAUUUUAAUUGUUACUGAGUUUCUUGCACGGAACUCAGAGAACUGAUGUGGUACAUGAUUACCAGUUACUAAAACACAAGACAUGCCUGCCGCCAAUAUCCCCAGAGCUUUGUGCUCCCAACCUGUUGCCAAGAAUUUAAGGCAAACCGUCUGCAUUAGUUCUCUGUAUUUUAUUAGGGAAUUAUGCAAACAAAAAUGUAAUGAAUCUCAAACUAUGAAUAUACUGGGUACCUCUGGAGCCUAGUGUCAUCUGAAUGUUGUUAAUUGUAUCAACACAGACUGUAGAGGAUGUAUACUUUAACUUGGUAUGAGCUGCCACUUAUAGAGCUUUUUAAUGUUGAUGUAUUUAAACAACUCAUAAAGAUAUGUUUAUCAAAUUAAUGUAUAGCUAUAAAAUCUCACAUUUGCUAAAACCCAGUGUUUUGACAUAGUUCAAAUCUCAUUUUUUAAAACUUUUUUUUUAAUAAACAAAGGAAAGGUUGAUGUGUAAAACAAACUGAUCCAUUAUCAUAUAAUCCCCUUAUGUCCUUUGUUGGCGUGCCAUAACUUAUGAAAUUUGUCCUAUAUCCUCUUCAUUCAGCAAUCACAGGCUGUGCAUUGUACAGCGCUACAGAAUCUGCUGGGGCUAUAUAAAUAAAAUAAUAAUAAAGGAGGUUUGUUAGUCAGAGUUGUACAUGUAAAGGGAAGCUUUGGAGGUUUAACAAGUUCUGUGUGAAGGGAGAAUCAGCUUUUGUGUCUUUGAAGAGAAACAAGUCUCAAGUCCUGACAUGCAUAUAAAAUUGUUAGGCUAUUUAUAAAAAAAGACAAUACUAUUGCCAUAAGAAACAAGGAAAUGUAGGAUCAUUUGCUUUGCUAAUUGCCCUGAGAGUUGCCCUUCUUUUAGGAAUCUGUUCUUUAUAAACUCGGAUGGAGAGUUGUGCCCUAGCAAAUAAUGGUGUUGUAGCAUCAGUGUCUACCGCAUAGAGGAAUCUUUGUGAAAACUACUGGUUAAACAAUACUUUUGUAUAAACCCCUAAAUCAAGGAAUGACAAGAAUGUGACCAGCUGGUUUAUAUUUAAAACAUUUAGGUUUCCUGUUCUCUCAAAAUUCUUUUCCUUCCCUUCUAUCUUCAGAUUCACCAUCCUAAUUCCCUCAGCAAAGAAACCAAAAUCUUGGCUAUCAUUACCUUUUCUCGCCCUCCUGCCCACCUUUCUUCACUGCAUGAUACCACAGCUGUCUCUAAUCUUAUCUAUUUAAUUGCCUCUCAUGUCACACAGUGCUUGCAUAAUUCCUGUGAUCUUUAGCUGUUACUUGAGAUACUUCCUGCAACUUUGUGUCAGCUCCCCGUUAUUAUGUUUAGAUCCUAAACUCAUGAGUUUUUGGGUCUAGGCACUUUGUAUAAAAGUACUGUAUUUGCUAUAUUGUAAGCUUAUGGGCAGGUCUUCUGUUAACUUUUUUUUUAAUCAGUACAUGCCAUGCUGGCUCUCUAUUAUAAUAAUAAUUAAUAAUAUAAUAUAGAAAUGCCUACAUCUCCUAUCUUAAAGGACCACUAUAGUGCCAGGAAAACAUACUUGUUUUCCUGGCACUAUUGGGUCUCUAGGUCCCCCCCACCCUUAGGGUCCCCCUCCCACCGGGCUCUAGGGUGAGGAAGGGGUUAAACACUCACUCCUUUCCCCGUCAUUGGCUGAAUGCGCAUGCGCAGGAAGAGCAUGAAACUAUGUUUACAGCAGAAAGGGUUAAUCCUAGAAGGACCUGGCACCCAGACCACUUCAUUUAGCUGAAGUGGUCUGGGUGCCUAUAGUGGUCCUUUAACAUGAAAGACACAUCAGAGAUAAAAUGUGCUUUAGUGGUCUUCCCUCUUACCCAACUGGGCUUCUUUUCUUAGACUGAUGGGUGGGUAUUUAAUUGUCACGCCAUGUGGAUUAUACCCAUGUUACACUGCCGUGACUUAGUUCAGUAGUUCCAAACACAGUGCUUGAGCCGCAUUUAAAGUCCUACAUUGAGUUCCUUUCUUAACAACUUGGAUUGUGCUCUGCACCUUGAAACCAAAAAGUCAUAGCAGCUACUUAUUUUAUAUAUUAAAAGUAAAAAAAUAAUAAAGGUGAAAGCAAGCAAUUUGAAUUAAGAUUGGCACAAUCAGAAAUUCCUUUAGUUCUACUUGCUGUAAUAUAAACAGAAAAUGAAUAGCCGCACUCGAUUACAUUAAAAAAAACAAAAACUGUAUUUAAUAGUCUGGGGCAAUGCAGUAAGAGUUUAUUUAGUACAUUGUGUUCCAAUUUGUGAGACAUUCUUCAUUUAGUAGAAAAUAUAUGAUAUGUAGGUGGUCCAAACAAUUUAUUGUACAUUAUAUCGAUUUGUCAUUUAUGAAUCCCCUCUGAUUGAAACUUGGAACAUCUGGGGGGUAAGACCCUAUUUAUUUAUUUAUAAAAUAUUUUACCAGGAAAGAUACAUUGAGAUUUCUUUCGUUUUCAAGUAUGUCCUGGGUCCACAAAUCAUUGCAUUGUUACAUUAUGGUACAAUAAAAUACAAAAACAAUAUUCAUACACAAUAAAUACAAAAUGUAACAUAGAACAGAUAAUGUUUUGAUAAUGUUUUCAAUAUUAAGAAUAAAAUGUCAUCCUGAUAAAUGUUAAACCUGUCAUUUUGUUUUUCGUGUUAAUUUAGGAUCCGUGUCACAUUCAUUAUAGUCUAGCUCGUAUAACGAAUUCCCUCUGUUUUGCAUUUUUUCUUUAUUUUAUUUUUUCUAUCUGUUUUACGCUUCAUUGCCAAAGCCUAUAUAAUGUUCCAAUAUUUGCAGAAACCAUAAAAGCAAAAAAGCUGAACAACACAUUUCCAUCACAUGACUGAGUUUUCUGCUUUGAGAAAAUCUGUCAAUCAGACGGUUUUAGCCUUUGGGAAGAAUGUUCCUGUUAAAUUACAUUGGGUUUCUGUGGUGCAAACGCGUAUGAUUCAGCAACUAGUAUUCCUAAGGAAUGUAUCUGGUAUCUAUUAUUUUAUUUAAUGGGAUUUAUGGUUUUGGGGUUUACAUGUUCUCUUCUGAUUUAUAUUAGUUAUAUGCUGAUGUAGAAAUACUUCUUACUAUUAGCUAUGGAAAAAUGGAUGCUGAGUGCAUCUUUAAGUCCACACAUGUUGGAACUUGUUUCCACUGCAUCUUAGAGCUGACAGGACCAUAUAACUUGACAGAUAAGCAACAUUGGGAACAGAAUUUUAGAAACCAGGGAAUGUUCAAAGAAAGCAACUCACAAUGUUUCAUGUUCUUAUAGAUGAAAUAUAAACAACGGAACACUAAUUCACUUUUUAUUUCGUGAAGAAAAAAAAAAGAUGGAUGGAAGUGCUUUUUUUUUUCUGUGCUUGAAGGGAUACUCCCAACACCAUAACCACUUCAACUUGCUGUAAUGUUUAUGGUGCAAGGAUCAUGUCCUUUUCAAUCAAAUUUCACAUUUGGGAUUACUGAAAAGCCCUAAAGCAGUGAAGCUUCCUGAGAAAUAAGCACUUUUAUAAAGAUACACACUCUCAUCUCUCUGACGCCCAGUAGGGUGCUCUUCCUUAUCUUAUUGUGCCCCAUAAGUUGCGCACUGCUUUCUAAAGCUUCUCUAACUCCCCACCCUCCCACCACAUCAGAGGCUCAGUAAUCUGAGUGAAAGGAGUUGUUUUUUAUUUAUUUUUUAUUUGUAAGACUGAAGUGUUCCUUUCAUUUCUGCAUAUAUAUUUUUUAUCUGUAACUCCACCACCCUGACUAGUCACCUUAUUAGAGAAAGUUCUCUUCCUUAUUUAAUGAUACAAGUAUAUGUGUGUGUUCUUAGUAGUCUUCCAUUUAUUGUAAGAUGUGUGUUCAUCAAAAUACUGAUUUGCUUGGGGUGCGUAUACACCAUACAAAAAUAGGUAUCAUUAAACAAGUAAGCAAAGCUUUGUAUGAAUCACAUGAACCUCUUCAGUACUUUCAGAUGUGGGCACUGCCGUUUUCAGACUUUUUUUUCAAAUUUAUUUUAUCCCCUCAAUAACAUUCAAGUACAGAUGCAGUAACUAUUUAUAAUUUUGUGCAAAAAGACAAACCAGUGUAAUUUCACCUACCUCUCUUGGUUUCCCAAUACAUUCAAUCUAAUUCAAAUCAGCCACUUACUUCUGUUGGGUACUUAUUGAAUAAAAGGAAACUUAGAGUGUUUUAAUAAACUGACAUUGUGUCUCUGCAAUAUUAGCACACAAUAUUACAACUGACAUGUAGAUAAUAUGAUAAUUUCUUGCUCCCACACGUCUUGGGUACCACUUGCAAAAUCACACAAAAUGUACAGAAAUACGUGGAUGUAAACUGGAGUGUUGUAAUGAGUGCCACCAAUACAUUUUUGCUUAUCUUACCUGCAAUUUACCUGCUAGAUCCACACUAUAUAAGAUCUUAAAAUAAAUGAAUCAAAAUAAAAAUUGUCUAAAGAAUCGUAUGUAGUAUGGAUCCGUAAUGAAAAUUGCAAGAUUAGCGUUUUUCACUAUUGAGAUUUUCACAGUAAAUAGUUUUAUAUCAUUAUUGCAAUGGUGACGCUUAUUAUUAUAAUGUUCCAAUUCACAGUCCCGUAUUAGUGCUUUACGUCUGCUAUGUAAAACUCUUCUUACCUGUACAAAGUCAAACAAAACGGACUGUUAUAUGUAUAUGUUUUAUUUUAUAAAUGUUGUGAUUAGUUUUAUAAACCUAUUAUUUUUUUUAUUUUUUUUUGCGUUCCCUGUUUAGGAAACCGCAAGGACAGUGCCAAACAGAUAUCGAAGGUGAGACUCCUACUACUUAAGGAAAGUACAUUGUAAUUGACUGUACAGUAUUUUCUUCUCAAAUUUCCAUCUUGGAUGAAACCUAAAACUGCAGGAAUGCAAAUGGUCUUGUCUGUGUUGUGUUUUGUGUUUCUGUAGUAACGGAAAGAGUUUACUUUAUGCAAAGAUGUUUUUGAAAUGCCUAUACAGGUUUAAACUUAAAUACUAUUGACUUUGUUUAGCUUAGUAGGAGCGGUUUUAUCACUGAUGGAUAUUAUACUGUAGAGAUUUUCAGUUAUGUGCUGCUGUCUGGUACAUGAAUAUUUGUUGAUGUAGGAAUGAUUGACUAGUGAGUCAUCUUUUUAGAGAGCUUUUAAU